AUGGAGACUGUAAUUCAGAAGUAAGUAUUCAGUUAGACUUACUCCUAAAGAAAAUGUGUAUAGUACUUCACGUUUAGUCUACUUGGAGUUUAUCACACACUAUCUUGAAUUUAACAUUACAGGGAGAUUAUAUGAAGGGCAGAAGAUACAUUUUAUGGAGAGAAUCCUAGUAAUUAUUUUCCCUCAACCACUUAUGCAACUUAGAAAGAAGCUGGAUAAAAUUCUAAUUAUGAAAUUUGGAAACCUUUUUACUUCGCUGUGGGGGAGGAUUCAAAAGAAAAGUAUAAAUAUGCACGGUAUUUAGUGUCCAUUAACAUCAUCCUACACCUGUCUAAUUUACUGUAGCAAUUAUUAUAGGUAAACUGAAAAAACCUGACCUAUUGACUCUUACACCUUUUAGCAUCCAGAAAUAAAUGAAUAACAUUUGAAAAUGUUGAAUGUCUUUGUUUUUCACUGGGUUGCUGGGCAGUUUCAACAGUGGCUACAUCUGGAAGACAGUGCUGUAUUUCUCAAAAAUAUCUGUUUUCUAUUUUUUCUGUUUUAAGAUGCAUAUUACCAAGUUGCUUAUAUCAAUUUGCUGGUCAGAUUUAGGAAACCAGCUAAUCCCGUUUCAUAAGAACUUUGAAAUGGCCAUGCUGUCACAAGACAUCUAAAUCAGCAAUUUGCCGGUGAUAGUGACCACCGCUAAAUGCUUGUGAGCUAUCACAACUAUCAGAAUCAUAAAUUUUAUAGACACACUGGACAAUAUACAAAUGAGGCUGUAGUUUUUGUUCACUUUGCCUAAGACAAUUUGCUCAUUAUGUUGUCCUAAGGUUUGUCUGGCUUGGUUUUGAUACGGUUUUGAUACGCUUUACCCUGCAGGUAAACCUGCAGCAUAGAAUCAUUGGAUUAAAGUUGGAAGGGGCUCUGGUGGUCCAACACCACUCCAAUGCCCUGCUCAAUCCAGUAGUUUUACAGGUAUAGCAUCUCGUGUCUUAGAUAAGAUAUUCUGCUUUCGACAAAAUGUCCACAGAUGUGCUCUGAAGGCACCAUCCAAUAUUGAAGCUUCAGCUUCAGGGCCCCCAAUCCCAGAGGGGCCACAGAAGCAACUCUAGUCCACAUUGCUUAAAAUUUUGGGGUCUAAUAGACCUAAUUUGAGUGGCAUUUUUUUGGUAUAUAUUUCAACAACCCCCAAGUUUGACAGUUAGUAGUAAAGAUGCUGUAAAGGUGUGGUGAUCUGUCAUGGAACAACCCCAUUGAAGAAAAUAACAGUGGUUACCCAGAUCUCAUUGCUGGUUGCAAAGGGGCCUUCAUAAGAGUUCAAGAUUCAGGACCCCAAAAAUGUAGGCUUGUCACUGCUCGCCCCAACUGGGCAUCAGCCAUCCUCUCAUACCAUUCCCAUUCUGUGACACUUCUAGGAAUCAUCACCAGCUUCACUCUUCCCUUGCUGUUCUUCAGCAGUAUAUCCACCCAAGGUGGUAGUGGGGAAAAACAGCCUUAUCCACUGGAGUAGAAAUUCUGCACCAUUCUAAAAAGGCUUUCUUAGAAAAAUGCCCUGGUAGCACACAUUCACAUGCACACAUGUGAAUUUUGGAAGUAGUUUCUCCUAUAAGCAUAGGACGACAGGUCCUUGCACCACGCAUCUUACAAUCUAAAAUUCAACACAAGGCAGAAGACUAAGUUUAAAGUGACAUAAUUAAUUAUAACACAGAAACUUGUCCCCCCCUAAAGAAAAGCCCUAUACAAAAAUAUUAUUCUGCCCUGCACAUCCUCUUUAACCACCCCCACCCCUCUUGCCACUUUAUUUGUGAUUUUUCUGCCUUCUAAUGUAUUACAUAAUGAGUAUCAACUGCAAUGCUGAGGCAAGAAGUUUCAAUACAAUGUCACACUUUGUUAAUUAAACAGCAAAGAGAAAAUAUAAUUAGGUAUGUUCUCUUACUUGGCUAAUUAAGAAUGAUCCAGAAUGCGAAAUAAUGAUUUUAAACAACUGAUGAAUAGGGAGGAAAGUAAUUUAGUUCAAAUGGCAAAGCAUGUGUCAGCCUUUGAACAGAAAGUGAGGUAUUCAAGACAGGCUGACUUGCUUCUGUCUGCUUUGACAUUUCUCAUCUUGACUGUGCAAGGUUUCAUCAGCUUUUAUUUCUUAAAUAACAAUGGAUAUAGAAGCAGUGAUACUUGAAGUGGAAAGCUCCAUGGAGAUUCUCUAGCGUAUUUUAAUUGUGCUUGUUUUAAUAUCUCAGUUAAUAGUGGAACACAACAACUGUGGUGUGGUGUCCCUAUUUACCAGGAAUGUUCCGGAUUUAGAGAAGCCAUCCCGGUUUAUGAAUUGAUCCAGGAAUGUCAGGCUUUUCCUUAGGACAUCCCUAUUUUCAUCAGAGAAAUGUUGGAGGGUAUGGUAGGAUGUCCCUAUUUUCACUGGAGAGUAUGGAGUUAUCUGAUCCCGAAGCCGCCUGACAGCAAUCCUGUAUAGGGAAGUUUUAAAAAAAUGUUUAAUGUUUUAUUAUGUUGGAAGCUGCCCAGAUAGGCUGGGGCAACCCAGUAAGAUUGUGGGAUAUAAAUAGUUAAAUUAUCAUUAUGGAAUGGGACGUCCGUAUUUUCAUCAGAGAAAUGUUGGAGGGUAUGGGCAUGCCAUUCAGACAUGGGCUCAUGGUUUAGCACUCUCCACAUUAACCAUGAUGUAAAACUAAAGCUUGUUCUAUGGCUUACAGCCUGUGGUUUGUCACAGAGGGCUAAACCAUGAGCUGGAAUUUGGAUGACAUGCUAAGCCAAACCAUGACUUAGUGCAGCAGAAAGACUGGAGAGGAACAAAGUGGCCAUAGUUUCCUCUCCUAGAAUGUGUACGGCCGUGUGUCUGCACAAUGCCAUGGUUUGGCUUAAGUAUGAUGUGCAAAACAGGUCAAUGUCUUUUUGCUGAGAUAUUAAACAUACUGAACUCAUUUGUCAAACAUAAUCAAGCAAUGGCACCAUUAUGCACUGAAAAGGUUUCAGCUGAAAGGAAAUAAUCAACAGAUAUCUUCUAAUUUCUUGUUGGCUCUGAUUUGGUGUAUAUCGAUCAAUUACCUUUGCAGAUGUAGCCUAAUUAUUCAAAGUCACACAGGCCUUCCCGGAUGUUAAGACUGAUUUUCUUCACUGACAAAAUGUCUAAAGAUCACCAGGAGGUGCAACAACAACAAAAAAUCUAUUGUUCUACUGCGUUCCAAUCCUGUUAAAUCAACUUGCUGUUCGUGAUAAAUUAAGCCUGCACUGCAGGUCAGUGAAUUUCUAUUAACUGCUUAUUAUGGGAGAAAGUAAACUAGCACCAUCAAGAACUUUGCACAUCAACCAAAGCAAGCUGUCACUCUGUUUAACUUUUACAAUAAAUGCCCCUCAGACUCUCACAUGUGAAGUAAGAAACACUAUUUGGCAUUUAAACUUUAGUUGCCAGCACACAUUAAAGCAAAUAAUCAACGUGGAUUGAUUACACCUUCUGACAUCAAAAGGUCAGAAAUUGCUAUGGUGCGUGCGUGUCUUAAAGUGAUAUAUACUUAGUUGAUUUAUAAACCAAUUGCUUUAAAGAAUAAUUUCCCCAGUUGUUUAAUUUAUAUAAUGAGCAGCCUCCUAAGAUGAUAAGGAAGCAGCAUUACAAAUUGAAGCUACUCUUUUUACUCAUUUUUUCUUCCUGCUAAAUUCUUAACUGCUUCUGCUGUUACAUAUAAAAUAAAAAAUGUAAGAAUUAUGAAACUUAUAUAGAAACCCAAAAUAAUCCUGUUAUUCAUUCCAAUUGGCAAUGUUUUAUGUUUUCUCUCGUGUGGGGAACGGAAAUAAUUUAGAAGGUGAUACAGCCAUGCCUGUAACAGUGUCAGAAGCUAGGCAAUAAUUCUAUAUAUGUCAAUUUAAGUAAGUCCCAGAGAAUUCAAAGAGACCUACUUCUAGGUUAGUGGAUAAAGGUUUGCUACCUGGCAAUAUCUUACUACUGAUAGCUGCUUCUCAAAUGGAACAUUACAAAAGGAAGCCUGAGAUUCUUUGAAAAUGAAAAUGUAGAUCCUUCUUUAUUGAUUAUUUUGACUGUUAUUUGACUACACCUUUCAAGUUCUAUAAAGUAUAUAAAUAACCAUACCCAGUCUCGCAUUCACCCCUUGCCCCUGUUAAUGGAUAAACUUGGAGUCAGGCCAAGCCAAGUUAUAUAUUUUUUAACAGUGUGGCUUGAACCUGAAUUUGGGAUGAAGACAGACAGAUGUUCUAAGACUGCAACACUAUGCACAUUUACCUGGGUAUAAACUACCGGAAACAGUGAGGCUCUGGGCAGCAGUGUCCAUUGAGGUGAUUCUCUGGUGGCCACCAUUUGCCACCAGUGCACUGUUCCAAGACCAUCAAGAGGAGAAGGGCAAGCCCACACUUUCUAGCAACUAAUGGCAACAGAGUAAGCAGGGAAUGACUCAGUCAUCACAAUGCAACAUGUGGUUGCUGACUGGAUGCAAGCUCCUAGCAUGAGCAUGGGCUGUUAGCUAAUCAGCUAGCCAGUAACCAGCCACAAGUCACUACUGCAGGGCAAUUCAAGUCCGCCCUCAUCAGUCAUCUUCCCCUCCCCAUCUUCCCCGUAACAGUUCUGAUAUGGGCAUGUUCCUUCCCUGCACCCUUGAUUACAAUACUGUGGCUAUAGUGGUUCCAAUCCAAGAAGCAGCUCACCAGUGACAGAGGUUGCCAAGGUGAUGGUGUAUGUGUGACAGGAAAAGAGUGUAUUUGGCAACAGUGGCAUAGCUAGCCACUCGGGUGCCCGGAGCAGCGCACGCGCCCUGCACCUGGGGGCGGAGAGAGUUAGGGCAGGGCGCACUGUGCAAAGCCUCUCCACUGCCUCCCCCUCAGCUGUAGGGCAGCUGAGGGAGAGGUGAUGAGCAGACGCAAGCCCCAUGCUGCCAUUUCAGGCAGUGCGGAGCCUGCAGGUGACAAAGCCACCAUGUCACUCCCAGGUGAGAUGUGAGGUGUGGCACCUAGUGCCAGCCACGCUUUGUUGCACUUGUUGACUGAACUAAAAAGUUUUGUGAGCCCAUUUUUUUAAAAAAAACACCAAUUUCAUAUUUUUGCCAUUUUGACACCCCCUCAUUGAUGACACCCGGAGCAGUUGACACCCACCACACCCACCCUUCCUACACCACUGUUUGGCAGGAGCCUUGGGUCUCUAGCAAGGUGUGCCAAGAACAAGAGAGGAGAACCACUUUUGGCAGGCUGGGAGAGAUGCCUUGGACUCCAGUGCAGCAUUGCUCUGUGGAACAAGCCGUUCUUGAGAAGACCAUGCUGUAAGAUCUGUACCCCCUCCAUCUAAUUUCAGGUGUAAAUAUAUGAAUAAAUCAUAUCACGUAAAGCCACAACAGCCUCCACCAAGUCUUGAUUCUCGAAAGACCACAAACCCUGGGUGAGCGCCUGGAAGUCGUCCCCCUCCCCAUAUAUUGCCACAGCUCAGCAGAGAGUGGGGGUGGCACCCAACCUUUGUAAGAGUGUGUAAAAACUGGCAUGAUGCAGUCUGUGUAUAGUCUGGAAGGAGGAAAGAUGGAUCAUUGGCAAUCCCUACAGGAGGACAGAUAAUGUCUUCAGUGAUUUGAAAAACUGCACUGUGUUGCUGGAAGUUGUUCCAUAUAGAGAAGGACAAACAAGGUUAUUCCGUUUUAACAAAUGAACUUGUUUAGAGCUAAACAGUCAGGCAAACCUCAUUUGCUAGCUAAGACAUUUUGAGCCGCAGGCUGAAAACAUAAGCGAGUUCCAAGGUACUUUUCCUCUGAGAGUAAACCUAAAUGCAUGCCUUUUGGUAAUACGUACAACACAUUUCCACUUACUCACCAGAGUAGCAUCUUCCUGAAAUGCAUAAAAGUUCAUAUCAGUAGAUCUUUGUAAGAUAAGAGAAAAUACUGUCCACGACAACCAACAUGAUAAUUAUUUUGAAUACACUAUAUGUAACUUGAGCUGCUUGUAGGUAAUAAAAAUGUAUUCCCUAGUAGUAGGUGCAGUGUAGCUUUGUGGAAUUCAGAAUUGUACACCUUCUUCUCUAAAUGCAGAAUGGUUGAAGUCCAUUGAUUUCCAUAGGAAAACAUGGAGCAAAUGAGUAAUGAAAUAAAAAUGACAUGUAUAGGUUUGACUGUUGUUGAAAUACAGCCAUUAUCCAAAACUAUGCUUAGCUCUGACAUAUAAAACAAUUUGUACAAACUGAGUAAUGGUGGGUUUGAAUUGCUCCCUUACCAGAAAUAGCAUUAAAAAGCAAAGAGAGUCAUGUUGUUCCAUAGAAAAAGAUCAAAAAUCUGCAGUUUGGGAAUACCUUUGUUGGGAUUGAGCAAACACACAGAGACAGAGAGGAAGAGAGAGAGAAUGAGAGGGUGUUGGGGAAGACUGUUUUUGCCACUUCUGUCCAAAUAACUUUUCUUUUUGUACUUCAGGUACUUCUCUUACAACUGGUAGAAAUUAGAUAAGACUUCCCUUACUUUAAACUUAUCUAUUUGUCUUUGGAAAAGUAAUAAAACCCUAUUUCCUUCUUAACCUGGUUUAUGAAAGCACAGCUGUCACAAUCACCUAGUAUUAAUAGUAGACUUUAAUAAAAGAAGGAAGAGAGAUGUUUGCUAGAAGUGUGCAAUAGGCCAUGUAAUUUGAUUGUUAACUUUUUUGUACGCUUAAUUUUUUGGGGGUACUUUUUAAUGCAUAGCAAAUUAUGCAUAACAACUUUUACUGCAGAAACAUAUAUGCAAUUAUGUUGAAACAAUUAACAAGUGGUAAAAGGGUGGGAAGAAGGAUGUUAGCUAAUCCAUAUUUAAUAGGGAGUGGUGGUAAAUAUUUUAAAUGAAAGCAUACUUUGAAUUAUGAAACUUUGUUUUUCCUUGCUGCAGGAUUAUGAAAUAUUGUUAUAAUUGCAGAUAUAGUUUUGUUGCAGUAUUUUUCAUGAUGAUAUAUAAUUCCUGACAAAUAUAUCUAUUUCCAGGAUAUAAUGACUACAUUAAAAACUGCUGAAACAAUGUCAUGUGAAAUUCAAGGAAGCUGAUGCAUAAAAUUGUUUCUUUAAAAACUACAGUGGUACCUUGGGUUACAUACGCUUCAGGUUACAGACUCCGCUAACCCAGAAAUAGUGCUUCAGGUUAAGAACUUGGCUUCCGGAUGAGAACAGAAAUCGUGCUCCGGCGGCGCAGCAGCAGCGGGAGGCCCCAUUAGCUAAAGUGGUGCUUCAGGUUAAGAACUGACCUCCGGAACGAAUUAAGUAUUUAACCUGAGGUACCAGUGUAUUCCAUUUUUAUCCCACUCUUUCUUCCAAGGAGCUCAGGAUGACUUACAAGGGCUUUUCUUUCUCUAUUUUAUCUUCACAACUGUCCUGUGACUGAGGUAGGCCAGGCUGAGACAGAAAGUACCUGGUCCACAAUCACCCCGUGAACUUCAUUGGUGAGUGAAGAUGUGAACCUGGUUCUCCCUGCUUUUAAGUGCAGUAUUCUAACAAUUCUAAUUCUAACUCUGCCACCCUGCUUGGCUGUGGAUGCAAAACUGAAGCAAGAACACCACACUGGUAGAGUGAACAGUGUUACUAAAGUGUAGGUGGGUUCCCACAAGGCAAGACACAGUGAAAACAGCAAGAACCUUUACUGAAUUAUGGAGCUGAACAACAGGGACAAAGCAACUGCUUAUAUACAUUUCUGAAGGACUGGGCCACUCCCACUCCCAACAUGAUUGGCUGUCUAAACUUCCAAGCUGAGAACCAUGACUCAGAGUUUAAGGGCCAAUGGCAGAGGCCCAAAUCCUGAAAUGUUUUGUGAUUGGAUAUCAUGUAUCGAAUCAGAACUCAGGAGCUCAGAUUCCUUAGUCCAGACUCAAACUCAGGCAAACACAGACCACUGAAUACAUAACAGUUACAGGCAUAUCAGAGAACAUCAAAUUCAAUUUGAUGCACAUAGGUUUAUUUAACAUGAAUCAGUCCCAGUGUGGUUUGAGCCAGAUAUGCUUCUUUGAGACAGUUUCAGAAUCAACCAAUAAUAUGUGUAGAAUGAUUCAUUAAUGUUUAUACUGUGCUAAAGGAAAGUUCCUGGCAUUGUUUGGAAAACAGGAGGGGGGGGAUAGUGCGGUUUUGAAAUCAGAGGUUAAAAUCAUUGCAGUUUUGAAAGGUUCAGUCCACUGUCUUGAUUCAAAAUAGCAUCCAGUUGUAUCCAAAUAUAGACAAAGACCUGGUCUAUUAUCUCAAGGACCAGCGUGCAGGCUUUGGCUAUAAUAUUUUAACAGGGGUCUAAAUGCAUGGUGUACAAAGAGACAAAAAAACUUUCCAAAAUAUAUAGUAGGAUAAUUCAAUGAAAAUGUCAACUUCCAGACUUAUUUGUCAUGUUCAUAUACAGGUUCUAUAUCAUUUAGAAGAUAAUUUCCCAAAGUUUAAUUAUCUGGCAAGAGUUUUUCACAAUGGCAGUUUACAUGUGAGGAAAACAACCAGAAGCAUGACAUACAAGAUGUAUCAGAAUUUAUCCAAGUUCAGUUAAAUACCUCUCCAAGAAAGUAGACAAUAGGUUAAUAAAUGUUUAUUAUAUUGAUAGUUUUUCUUUCUCAUUUAGUGAAUUGACAAAAAAACUUUAUGUUAGGAACAAAAUCCCAUAUGUUUAGGGCAAUAAAACGUAUGUAGGUUUAGUGUGUUAUAUCAAUCACAAAACACAUACUUUUUGGUCCCCUCAACAAAUGAAAAGUAAAAUCUCUGUUUUAACUUUAUUCUCUUCUUUUUAUACAUUCAUGUACUCCUUUAAGUGGCCUGGUUCCCAAACAGUUUAGGGCUUCAAAAAUAGCCAUAGUAGCAUUUUAAUUUGGGCAUCAAAAGGCACUAGCAACCAGUAAAAUAAUUUAACUGAUUUAUUUGCUAGUAACCAUAUAGCAUUUUAAUUCCUUCAUGGUAGAACUUUGCAUUCUCGCUCCCCUGCUCUGCUUGCCAGACAACGUUUGCCUCUAAUCAUUUUUCUUGAAAAAAGCUUUCCAGUCAGGCAGAGGCAACAGAGAACAGGUAGUGCUAUUGUUUGGCAUGAUAUUUUUCACAAAGAGAAAUGACCAUGGGAGUGAAGGAUGAAAAGAAGAGGAGGAUAAAGAACGGAAGGAAUCGACAACUAAAUAAAAAGAAGACUAGAGUCUUAGCAACAAACUGGGUUCAAAAGAGGUCAUCACUAUCGAUAGUCUGGAGGUCACCAAGAGACCUAUCCAUGGAGUGGGAAGAAGGAAGGUGAUAAUUCUUUACUAACAGCUCAAAACACAGUGGGGGGAAAGGAGUUUAUUAGAAAUGGUUUGCUAUAGCACCAAUGACCAAACUAUUAAAGUGUAAUUUCAUCAGCUACAUACUUGGGAAUUUGGAAAGAGAAAGUUAUCCAGGUAGAAAAAUGGUUUUUUGGACAAAGGCACUGUGCUCCUUUCUCCUCUGGGUGCAAGACAGAAGCCAUGUUUCAAGAAGUGGUCCUCUUUAAUAACGCCUUUUGCAACUCUGCUUUGAUGCAUUAAAAGUUUUCUGUAAGAGUUAUUUGCCAAACAGUAGCAAGCCAUGUAACCAUAGAAGUUUUCCAGUAUUUGGUGGAUCUCUGCCCUGCCAGUGAGAACAGUAUUAACUCCUUGUUUGGGGGCUGUUUUGAUCCAGAUUUACCCUUUCUUCACAUGCAUGUUUAUUUAUUUAUGGCACCUUGACAAUACAAAAUUGUUACUACAGGUUCACUUAUCAUACCUCUCAUGAAAGAAAGAUUUAUUUUCUUUCUUUCUUUCUUUCUUUCUUUCUUUCUUUCUUUCUUUCUUUCUUGUUUUUUUCUGUAGUUCUGCCCCCAGUUGUAGAUUUGCAAAUCCUUUUUAUUAUUGUUGCAAGAGACAGAUGCACACCAUCUGUGAAAGUCAUCCCAUUGGAGGGAUGGGUGUAGCCUGCUCUGGGUGGGGUUACAUUCCCUCUGAAGGAGCAGGUAUGUAGCCUGGGGUACUUCUGAAUCCAUUACUGGGACUCAAGUAGCCUCGGUGGUGGAGAGUGCCUUCCAUCAGCUUUGACUGGUGGCCCAGUUGUUCCACUAUUUGGACAGAGACAUCCUAACUACACUCUGGUAACCUCUAGGUUGGAUUACUGCAACGUGUUCUUUGUGGGGCUCCCUUUGAAGAUGAUUCAGGAUCUAUAGCUAGUGCAGAAUUGGGUGGCCAAAUUGUUGACAGGGGAAGAAGGGUCCCAACAUAUUCAGGCACAAUUGCACUGACUACCAAUUUGUUCCCAUGCUGUAAAACCUUAUGUGUCUUAGGAUUCCCAUUCUUCCCCCACCCCCACAUGAAGCUAAGGACUCUGUGAUCAUCAACAGAGGACCUUCUCUGUGUGUCCCCUCUAUGGGAGAUCCAAACAGUGCCAACGUGAAAAUGCUCCUUUUCAGUGGUGGCUUGCUGCUUGUGGAUUGCUCUUUCCAGGGAGGCACAGUAUACUUGUCACAAUCCUUAUCUCUUUUUUAUCUAUUUGUAGGAAAAAACAUUUCUUUUUACCCAGACUUUUGGCCCUUAAUUUGAAGGGUUUGAGGUAUUUGUGGCCUCUUUUUGCAAGGCAGGAUCUGUAAGACCUGUCUUGUCUGUAUAGAUGUGUUUUUAGACUUUCAUUGGUUCUGUUUGUUAUAACUGGUUUUAGUAUUUAUAUUGUUUUUGUAAGUUGGUUUGGGUCACUUCUGUGAGAAAAGUGACUAAUAAGUGUAAUAGUAAUAGCAGUAAUAAUAUUUCCCAAACCUUUUGAAUCCCUUUCUAGAGUUACUCAACUUUCUGGGCCCCUAAAAUUCAGCACCUAUGCAAAUCUCUCCAUGUGUUGAAAGCCUGUUCAUAGAGCACUUUGGGGACUCGCACUCACUUCCACACAUCCCUGAUGUCCUGCUGCCUAGUUCGGGUCCCUCCUUGUGUGUGGUGGUUUUACUCAUAUGCAUCUCUCUCUGUGUGAAGCUCUGAACUGCCAGACAAGGAAGCAUGAAAGUGGGGUGGACUAGCAGUGGCCAGCCCACUCAAAGGCAGUAUGCAAGUUCCCAUGACCACUUCUUUGCAAACUCUCAAGGUAUGGGGAGAUUUGCAUGAAUCAGCCACCUAUAGUUGGUGCUGAAUUGUGGGGGUCUAGAAGGUAGGGUAACUUUAGAAAGGGGUACAAAAAUGACAGUGUGGUGGACAGACACCUGUACCUAGAAACAACAGUGACAAAAAUUUGCAAAACAUCCACGAAGGACCAGAACUGAGACUAGAACUGCACAUCAAAGGUUUUGAAAAAAGAAUAAACAAACUCAUUUUAAAAGCAAGAUAAAGGGAACAUUAGAGGAGCGGGGGCCGGGGGGGGGACGACAUGCCACAGACAUGAUUAAUAGUUUGAACACGUUUUGCUGUCACUUAUAAGCACCUCAUGUUCAGCUGUUGCACUUUUUUUUUUGUCGAGUGUCAUGAUUGUCUUGCUCUUUCAAGAAAAAUGAUUUUUUGGGAAACGCCGAGUCUUCAUGCAAGGGAAUGAAUGUCAUACAUUUCAGUACAUCUUUCAUUCAUGCCAUGGAAACAUUUGUUGCUCGUGGAAUUUAAUUGCUUCAUCUUUAUUUCGCUGUCUGCCUGCUUCUUGUUAGAUGGCUUCCUCUCUACCUCCCAGAAACACAAAAUAACUUCCCAGCACCAACAAGCAGCACAUUAAGUAUCAGAUCCACUCAUCCCCAUCUCAUCCCACUUCAUUCCUUGUAGUAAGCUAUUGGCCUGGUGUGGGAUUUGCUCCUGGCCCAGGAAAAGGGUUCUCUAAAUUUGGAGCAGAGCAGCAUUUGGUAUAUAGGUUAUUUGGUAUAAUAUUGUUGGAUUGUAGCAACCUGGAUUGUAACACCUCAAUUCCAUAGAGUUGGCAACAAACAUGCCAGGAACAGAGCUGUUGUAAGAAAUUCCCCUUUAUUGAUUCCAAGAUGGUGGUAGGGAACGAGGCAUCUGACCUGUUCUCAAGCUGUUUUUCUUAUUUAUUUUGUAAUUCUUUUUUGAUUUGUCAGAGGCUGCCCUGAACAUUGUGGUCCCAAUGGAAAGGCUGGUUAUACAUUUACUUAAAUAAAUACAUAAGAGUAAAGAUUAAUCUUAAAGGUUUUCUGCACACACACUUACUUACAAGUAGUUAUUUUUGUAGUUCAUAGGGAUCAACCUUCACAGGGAUCAAUAUGAAUUUCAGCAAGGGUUUCACGGGCAGGAAGGCUAGCAUUAUGGACGUUUUGUGCAUAUGCUUAGGAACAGCCUGAUCAGCUGCUUGCUUGGCACCUGUGCGCAUAGGCUCAAUUUAUAUUCAUAGCUCAAUAAGAAUUUAUGGGUGGAAAUGAUAUACGAUUCAUAGCACAGCCAAUGUUACAAGCUGGACAAGCUAUGAUGUGUAUUGUGGAUGCCCAGGCAAUUAUGAAUUUUGGUGCCAUUUUUCUUUGUUUGGUUAAUAAGCAGGAUAAAAGUACGGUAUCCAGUGUUUACGUUUUCCAACCACUGUGGCCUUUGCAAGAUAGAAAUUAAAAAAUAAACACACAAAUUCCUCUUUUUAUGAACUUUGCAUCAUUUCCAUGUGUCACGUAAGAAGCCUGAAAUGCUCACUUAUUUAAAAAAAGAGGUAUAUUUAAAUAAGUCGAUAUAAUUAUUCUCUAUAUUUCUUAGGAUAACUGGUCAUGGGUUUUUUAAAAAGAAAUGUCCCAAACUAGCAUUUUGCAAUCCAUUAUACAGGAGGAUCACUUUAGCAUCCUGGUCUCCCUAUGCAUUUUAAUGAAGAGGACAGAUCUCUGCAUGUAAAGAGAAGUGCAAGUGGAUUCUGCUUUCUUUCCUGAUAAGAGAGGCUGCUUCAUUUGGAACUGGUUGCUAGACUUUGGCAAUGCAGACGUACAACUGUUUACUCAGAAUUAAGUCUCAUUAUUUUCAAUGCACCCUCUGCCCAGAUAAAUGUGUACAGGAUUGCAGUCUGAUUUUCUUUGUUGUCUCAAUCUUGUGUCUUAACUUGUAGAAAGGGGAGUGUGGAGAGGACUGCAUUGGCUGCUUCACAUUCUGCACAAGGAGGUCACUGAAAGCAAAAUUCAAACCAGGAAUGUGCCUCAGAGUGAGCAUAUUAUCUCCACCCCAAUAUAUUUAUUAAUUUUCCAAAUUAUGACAAAGCGUGUUCUCAUUAAAGGAGAGCACGUGUUGUGGAUGGGGCCGAGCAAAGCACCCCAUAGUUGCCAGGCAGGAUAGAUUGAAGGGGCUUGGAUCGGAUUGGUGGUUGAUGUUACUGGGGUAAAUUUGAUGUUGCCAAUUUAGGGGUGGGAACAGAGGUUAUUUAAACAAGGCUCACAGCAUGUUCCUUUCUCUUUCGCUGUGGGCACCGGAUCACCCGCCCGCCCUCCCUUGAUUGGGCUUGUGCUUUGACCUUGCUAUGCCUGUCAUGGGGUCGUCCGCAUUGGUGCGGGGGCCUGGUAGGAAUUUUUCCUUUUGGCUGAUUAGUGUGUGCCAAUUGGUUUUUGCCUACUGCAUAGCAAAUCGUCACAACUUGUAAGGUUGGCGGUUAGGCAUUGGUUUAAAUCGGUUGGUGGAGGGGUAUGGAUUGGCUGUGCCUGCCCCUCCAAUGCUGCUGCUGCACGGGAAUUCUGUUAAAGGAAUUCAGGGGCUUACCAUCCUCUCGUCCAAACCCCUCGAAUCGGGUGCAGACCACGUAAGCUCCUGGGAGCAUGCGGGGAGAAGCUGAGGGUCUGUGUCGCAGCUCCAGUUAUCCCUGAUCUUGUUCCUCCACACUGGCUCUCGCUGGAAUCCGGGAGUCAGUGCUGUCCCCCAAGGCGGGGGGGACAGCUAGUCAUAACCAGUGCCUAAGCAACCACUCACAAUUUGUAUUUUAAUAAAGUUGUGGCCAAAAUUAUGCCAAAAACCUUAAACAAAAAUUAUGUGUGAUGUGUGAGUUAUUGGGGUAGGGGUGUUUUGGGGACCUCAGCACGCAAAUCCAACCAAAUUACUUUAAUUUUAUACAGUUUCUUAAAAUCAGGUUUCCUGCUCCUGUUGCAAACAUAUGUUGAUCGUUUCCUACCAAAGCAGCAUCAUUUCUUAUUUAGUGUUCAGUUGCCAUUCUUAUUUAGUGUUCAGUUGCCAUCUGUCAAUCUUCGUUACAUCAUUCUUGCAGCUGACCACAUCUUCCUCCUUACAAACAGCACCUCUGUUACAUCUUAUAAGUAUAAAAUCCAUUACACGUGUGUAGUCCUUCAUAUACAUUGUUGUUUCAGACCUGGUGUGCUGGGAGAAUUAAUUACUAUCUUCCAUUGUUCACUUCUUUGCAGUGUUUAUCUGGAUGGUACAAGGUAACACAUUCCAUUAGAAUGAGCAUAUUAUCUUCAGGUACAGCUCAUGUGAAGAAUGGUGCCAUAAAAUCUUUAUCUGCUGGCGACGUUGCAUAAAAACACUUGUGUGUGUGUUUACAUACACACCUGUACAUACAUACAUACAUAGUGCUUUUUUCUGGAUGGGACGCAGGGGUACGUAUACCCCUAAACAUUUUGUGAAUCUUAGUUUGGCCUCAUUGAGGGGCAGUUUUUCAAUAUGAGUAGGAAAACUAAAAUACCCCUAAACAUUUUUUUAAAGAAAAAAAGCUCUGUACAUACAUACAUAACACAAACAGCAGCUUUUUUGGGGUGUGUGUGUGAUAUUGGACAGGAAAAUGGCACCAGAAAAAGCUUUAAAGAGACAUGGCCACCAGUCUAAGCAUUUUAAAAACAAACGUGCUUAAAUUAUGUCCAGGUUUGCCCUGUAGCUGCCUACAGAAAGUAGCACCCAGCCAGGAAGCACAUAAAAGCACAUAAAGGCACAUAAAGGGAAGUGAGGGGUGUCCCCAUCAUCUGUUAUGGGAAAACAGGUAACGGACAGCCCACUGUCAUGUGGCCCUCCUAACUCCCCUCCCCCAAAUGGAAUGAAAGGUGCUGGAAGAAAAUGAGAGGAGUUAAUGUACAAUUAUUAGAGGAUUGUGGAUUGGGAAAGGAGUAUCGGGCAUGCACUUAGAACACAAACACAGUAAGCCUCACAGAAAGUACAGGAAGAAAUGUGGGAAUGUUAAGGAUAUUAGGAGAGGCUAUAUUGAUUGAAUAUUAUCCUUCCUUCACUCAUGCUAGUGAGUCAUGUAGCAGAGCAAAUUCCCCUCAGUACAGCAGGAAGCUAGUUUGCGGCUUUCUUUGAAUCUCUUUAGUGAAGAUAAUUCCUAGUGUCCCCUUUUAUCCCUCUUAAAAUAAUAAAGACACAAGAGCCUUUCCUUAAAAGUAACAAGACGUUUACUAACAUUUGGUUCAGAGUAUGAUCCCUGAAGUGGAAGGACAGAUCAUGAAGCUGAGGCUCCAAUACUUUGGCCACCUCAUGAGAAGAGAAGACUCCCUGGAAAAGACCCUGAUGUGGGGAAAGAUGGAGGGCACAAGGAGAAGGGAAUGACAGAGUACGAGAUGGUUGGACAGUGUUCUCGAAGCAAACAUGAGUCUGACCAAACUGCGGGAGGCAGUGGAAGACAGGAGUGCCUGGCGUGCUCUGGCCCAUGGGGUCACAAAGAGUCGGACACGACUAAACGACUAAACAACAACAACAAAUGAUCCCCGAGGGCAGGCUUUAGCUAGUAGUUAAAGAACAAAUUGUGGGUUCAUCCCAUAUGGGGACUGAGCCCAUGUGCUGCUAGCUGAGAGCCAGCAGUCAGCAAAAUACAUUAAGAGAACAGCAUCAAGAGAAGAAAAUGGCUUCAGAAGAGUAGCAUGGCAUCAAGAGAGACAGAUGGCAGUGUGACUCAGCUCUUUUAUGGAGUCAGCCAGGGUCACGCCCAUCUCCCUGGUCACAUGUAGGGGAAGGAUGCUCCAGACCUGUGAAACAGGAAAUUCUACUGGCUGGAGUAACAUCCCCCUGCCUGUGUCCACUCUAGGGAAACAAGGAAUGUUGUAUUUGACUGCUCCAAUGGAUUACACCCCACAAGAAAGACCAUGAGAAAAAAAGCAGGGGCAAAAGAGUUGAUUUCCAGCUUCCCAGAAUAUCAUGUGAUGCUUUCAGAAGUGGCUUUAGGGUAGUGUGACUGGUUCAGCUGCACUUGGUGCUGUUACCACAGGGGUUGGUGUAGCAAUGGUGUUGAAUUGAGCAUGAGAAGCAAGGGGGUGGCAGCAAAUUUUAGCAUCGCAUAGGGUGCUUUUGAAAUUUGUGAGUCUCCCAUUGAUAAUUUGCCCUAACAGUUCUUUCCGCAGGAUCAUUAUCCUCCUUUUCUGUCAAAGGCAGAAAGGGGAAGAGAAAACAGGCUACACACUGCCACUGAAGUGAGUUCUAUAACCCUUGUAAUGAUUGCUGCUACUGACCUAGAUCAUAUAAUUUUUAAUAACGUGAUCUACCCUAAUGUCUGAUAUUAAGCUAUUUAAAGAUUAAUUCAGAGAGGACUUGCUUUAUCUUAAUUAAGAGUAGGAAAUAAGUUGAGCAGGGCACUUGGUAAUUCAUUUUGCAGUUGACUCUGGUAAGGCUUGCUUUCAUAAAUUUGGCAUAUCUGAGAAUUUAUUAUCUGGGUAGGAAGCAAUCUAUAGAGUUCUGCUCUCUUGUGAGCAAUAAAAUAUUAGGUUCCUUUCAGCAUGCACAACAUUUGGGAUGAUCAGUGAUAUAGCCUACAUGAAAGGGAAGAGGUUCCUCAGCAAAUACAGACCGGAUUCCCCUAACUUCAUGCCUUUGGCUGUGGCUAAUGUAGUAGGUGGGUGCCACGUUAUGGAAAGUUCAUAUUAACACUGAUUGAUAGCUCAGCUCAAAGAGCAUGUGACUCUUAAUCUCAGGUUUGUGGGUUCAAUUGCCACUGCAGGGAGUUGGACUAGAUGAUCCUCAUGGUCCCUUUCCAACUCUUCAAUUCUAUGUUUGUCUCUAUGUCUAUGAAUGACUGGCAAGAGAGAGGUGAAUUGGUCACAGAAAACCUAGGAGUUUGCUUUUCAGAAAGUAACCCAACAUGGUUAGCAAUAAGAUUUUCUUUCAGACAGUAGCACACUUGUUAACUAGUUUUGAGAAGUUACUUGUUUCAACCUCCCAACAUGUUACAAAAAUUGGCACUUAAAAAUUGGCACCUGCGGCACUUCUAAAGGAAUAAAAUCCAUUUGGGAAUCUGGCAGCAGUUGAACAAUAUUUUUUUUAAUAAACCCCAGUGGGGUGAAUGUUUCCGUGUAGACCUAUGAAAUCCAUUAUUGCCAAGAGUUGAAGGUAUUAACUAGCUAGCACCUUUAACCCUGUCAAGUUUCAAAAACUUAUUCAACCUGUGAUCCAACAGUUGUUGGAGACAAUAUGGGGCUUGUAUCCACAUGUGAUAUUCAUGUCCAGUUAUUAAUGUUAUUGGAAGGCAAAUGUUGAAGCUGAACAUCACAGAACAAUGCUCCUAGAGGAGCAUUACUGAAUGCUUUCCCAGAAGACCAAGGAGAAGCAUCAUACCAGGAACUAGUUUAUCAUCUCCCCACAGAGCAGAAAGCGCUGCAUACUGGAAAGACCAAAACACAGCACAGGGAUUCCAUCGUGGUGCAGGCUAUAAUGGGGCCAUCUUGUUAUGGAACAACUAACUCACCAUCAAAAUAAUUUCUAAAGUCUGUCGAAUCCAGGAGUGGGAAACCUGUGGCCUUCCGGAAGUUGUUGGCUCCAACUCUUAUCAGCCCUAGGCAGCAGAGCCAAGCUGUCUAUGAGGAGGAGUGAAGCAGCCCACCUCAGGCAGCGGAAUCCCACAGGGCAGCACCCCUGUGGGCACCUUGCCCACCCCUGUCACUACUGCCAGAGUUGCUUCUGGCAAGAUCUCAUGGAGCUCUGCAAGGUAUUGUGAGAGUUCUGUGAAACAUCAUGGAAUCCCACUGGAAACUACCACAUGACCCUGCUAAGCAAGGCUUUGGUGAUGGGGUGGCAGUGGGUGUGGCACCUUUCUGUUUUGCCUCAGGCAGCAAAGCAGGUUUCACCAUCGCCUAAGUGUGCCUCUGGCUUGGUGUUGCUUGGAGGUCCAGGCCAGGGGAAAAUAGUUAAGCAGGGCAUGACAGAUAAUAGCAGUGAGCCCAAUGGUGACAUGUGCUGAUGCACUGCUGUUUUCUUGGCACAACAGCAAGGAAAAAGCAAGCCCUAUGCAAUCUUAAGCCCUAUGCAAUCUUAAGGAAAUCAGCCCUGAGUGCUCACUGGAAGGACAAAUCCUGAAGCUGAAGCUCCAAUACUUUGGCCACCUCAUGAGAAGAGAAGACUCCCUGGAAAAGACCCUGAUGUUGGGAAAGAUGGAGGGCACAAGGAGAAGGGGACGACAGAGGACGAGAUGGUUGGACAGUGUUCUCGAAGCUACCAGCAUGAGUUUGACCAAACUGCGGGAGGCAGUGGAAGACAGGAGUGCCUGGCGUGCUCUGGUCCAUGGGGUCACAAAGAGUCGGACAUGACUAAACGACGAAACAACAACAUGCAAUCUUUCUUUUUUCAGAUGGGAGCGAAGGUUAGAGAGCUGGUGUAGCAUUGAGGGUUGAAGGGAGAAUGAAAAUUGAUGGGUCUGGGGAAGCCAGCCUUUCCAGGCUACUUUUGAUUCCUGUGAAUCAUAAGAGAUCAUGUGCUUCCUUUGUAAACUUAAAUAUCAAUAUAAUAUCUGUGUUUUCCUUUGGCUGUUUGAACAUGCUUAUUAGCAUUCUUUAUCCUCCUGACUUUUCCUUUCUCUCUGACUCAUGCACCUUUCAGAAUUAAAGUAUCUGAAAAUUUGAUAUGAGCUUAUGCAAGAUAAUUAGCUCCCAUCGAGGUUAAGAGCAAGAAAUUAUUAUAAUUAAAAACAAAAAAAGCUUAUAGUGUACUCUGAAGGGGACUAGGUGCUUAUUUUCCUAUUUAACACAAGGUGAAUCAGGAAUGCUUCUGUCAGUUUAGAGAGAAAGGCUACUUGGAAAUUGUAUGUUGCGUUUACUUUUCCUUGUGCACUGAGAAAAUUACAACACAUCUCCUGGAUUUGUAAUGACAUUAUCAUACAACAACUAUAGGAACACCCACACAAAGGCAUCAUUUGGAGUCCUGCACCUUGAGAAAAAUAUUACAAUAGCAUCUCUCCCCUUGCCCUCCCCACUAAAACCCAAGGCCUGAAAACUCCUCCUCCAUCAUUUGGCGAAAGUCAUAUCUGCCUCCUGUUCUUGCAGAUUUACCUAUCAGGUGCUCUUGGGGUGACUCCUACAAUUCUUUCUUUCAGGAUGCAUUGCAGAGCACUUUGGAAGGUGAUCUUAUCUAUGAUUCCUCCAGUCAGAGUGCAGUCUGCAGGUUCCUCCUGGGAUGUAUCAGAGGAAAACACACUUUGUUGCAUAAAUUAAACAUGCAUUUUAAAAAUUACAUUAAAUGCCAAGUCUGUUUCUGGCAACUUAUUAGGAUGCUGUUGUGGUUCCAUAUUCUGCUACAAAUGAUGAAACGUUUUUUUGAUUUUAAGAUUUAGUUCUCCCACCUCUGUUUUAUAUGCAUUGCAGAAAAGUGCUUUUCAAUGUAUUUUGAAAAAACAUUUUAGCAAAGGAAAACAAAUUAAGUGUGUUACAAAUGUUCUGCAGUCUUAAGCACUGUGGGGGUGUUUUUAUUUCUUAACAUAAAUGUUUGGUCUUUAAAAUCCACAUUCGUAAAGUAAAGCUGUUUUGCAGUUUCCCAUAUUUAUUUCAUGCUGCUGUUUAUGAUCCUGUGAGAAGAAAAGGAUGAAAUAAACAACAAAAAAAUACAAAUUUGGCUUUAAAGAAAUCCUCUUAGUUUUUUGGUUUUUUUUUAAACUACCUCCAGUUCAGAACAGGGAUGGGGGAUUGGAAAAUUAAGGGGAGGAGCCCUUCUGUGCAAAGGGGCCAUUAGCCUAUUGGUGUAUGUGGGGGGAUAUUUUCCCACAAAAUAUCAGAAAUUUAUGAACAACAGAUGAAUAAUUCAGGAUUUCUAAAACACAUUAUGUGACAAUUUCAUUUAACACCGCCCGCCACCCCGCAAUGAUAUCUGGAACGUUGUCCGGAAGAAUUUGAAAAAUCUGCUUACUAGAGUGUUAAGAACGGCUUUUUUCCAACCAGAACUCACCGGAAAGAGUGUAUAUUUGGUGCUCAAAGGACAGAUGUCACCAUCCCUAUUUAAAGUCAUCCCUGCUUAUUUUACUUAAUGAACAUUAAUACCUUUAGCCUCUCAGAAUACUUUACUGACACUUAGUGUUCUGUCCCAACAUAAGUACUGGGUAUCCUUGGGAAGUUAUGGGGGUUAUAGCUCUCCAGAAAACUCAGUCAUUGUCAGGGAACUGCCAUCAGUGCCGGAGGGAGAGCAAAAUCCAGAGGGAUUCUGGAAAGCGUCCCAGGAUUGGGAGAGGCAGCCCAUCUUCUGGGGAAGAGAAUCAGCGUAGCACCAGUGGAGAAGGGGGGCAGAUGGGGGAAGCGGCGAGGUGGUCCCAUGACUCCUUGCCGGGGACCAGCGGCAAGAAGGCUUUCGCGCAGAGAAAGUAGGAGGAGACUAGGCGUCAAAGAGCUUCUUUGCUGGAAGAAGUUUAAGAAACGCCCACUGACGGAUUCUGCCAGCGAUUGAGACAGCCACGGGUGAGUGGCUGUCCGGACAGAAAAGGUUCACUCAGGCAAUCCAGCCAGGUGUUUGCACCGGCUUACGCAUGAGCAACCCCUAGAACCAUUACAGUCACGUACAUCCCCCCUCACACCAAUCAAACUCUUUCUGGUGUACUGAUUAGCAACAGGCAGGUAGGAUUAUUUUCCAUUUUAAUUAUCCUCAGUGCUUCAGAACAUCACAAUAGGGAGGCCAUUGGGGUAAGUUAAAAUGGUGCCAUGGCUAAGAAGUUUAGGGCAGUUUGGAGUACAGUGGUACCUCGGGUUAAGAACUUAAUUCGUUCUGGAGGUCCAUUCUUAACCUGAAACUGUUCUUAACCUGAAGCACCACUUUAGCUAAUGGGGCCUCCCGCUGCUGCCGUGCUGCCGGAGAACGAUUUCGGUUCUCAUCUUGAAGCAAAGUUCUUAACCCAAGGUACUAUUUCUGGGUUAGCAGAGUCUGUAACCUGAAGCAUCUGUAACCUGAAGCGUUUGUAACCUGAGGUACCACUGUACUGCUGUUCACUGCCAGUUAAGUCCACCGGGGCCUCCCAAUGGCAGAGGGGUCCCACCAGAGGGAGCUUUCCUAUAGUCUCCUCAACCUGGAUCCUGCCCUAUUUACUUUGAUGAAUACUUCAUAAAUGUUUGAGUAACAAAACCUUUCCCACAAUUUCAAACUCAUGCUUCCCUGCUCUAGAUUUCCUGAUCCCACAAGUCGUAAGACCUUUCAGAUGCCCAUAGGGCUUGCAUUGCGGCGCCCAAAUAUUUGAGGCUGAAACUCAGUGUGAAUGAGAUUCAUUGUGAUUGGCAUGCCCUCUAAUUGUGAUGGAAGAGUCAAUUUAUUUUAAAUUGUCUUGGCCUCAAAUCCAAUGAAUAACUGCUGGAUUUCUAAGCAUCUGUCAAUAUAGAUGGGGCAUUGCCUAGCAAUGUUUGUGAUUAACAAUAAAUCAGAGCAGGGGUAGCCAACAUGGUGCCCUCCAGAUGUUGGCUACAUUUUGCUAAUAAACUAGUCCUAAACACUGUUUGAUUUGUGCCAUGGGCUGGCUUUCUUUCUGGCCAUUAACCCCACAUUUCUGCCAGUAUUUUCAGAACCACCUCUUCAAAAACAAAACAAAAGCUAGCUGAAUUUAAAUAGAGAUUGCAGCCGAAGCUAGGUGUGGCGAGUUUAUAACGCCAGAACAUGUCUACUCUUACUCCUAUUUCAAUGUUCCCUCCUUGAACUGAUGUAACAGGGCUCCAUUAAACUGAUGGGAGUACAUUUGAACAGAUACAAUGAUGCAAAUGUUUUCCCCCGCCAUCAAUUUGCCUCCCAAUUGCAGGAGGCGGCAGUGCAUAUGCACAAGACUCACGUAAAGAUUAAGUGAUGAUGCUUUUAUCAGGGAUAAAAGGGAUUUGCAAUGCAAUAGUAAGAGUGUGGGUAUUGAUUGGACACAUCCCUAGAGUGUGGCUGUUAAAUGGCAGUUAAACAGCAACAAUUUGGGGUAUUAUUGUUAAGUCAGGCUCUGUUAUUUGGAUAAAUGGUUUUAUGUGGAUAAAUCUUUUAUCCACACCAAAAGGUGCUGGGAUUCAGGCUGCUGCUGCUUAUAUACACUUCCUUUUCUGCAUUUCUUUUAGCACCAGUGUGGUGUAGUGGUUAAGAGCGGUAGUCUCGUAAUCUGGGGAACCCGGUUCGCGUCUCCGCUCCUCCACAUGCAACUGCUGGGUGACCUUGGGCUAGUCACACUUCUCUGAAGUCUCUCAGCCCCACUCACCUCACAGAGUGUUUGUUGUGGGGGAGAAAGGGAAAGGAGAAUGUUAGCCGCUUUGAGACUCCUUAAAGGGAGUGAAAGGUGGGAUAUCAAAUCCAAACUACUAUUCUUCUUCUUCUUCUUCUUCUUCUUCUUCUUCUUCUUCUUCUUCUUCUUCUUCACCUGCCAUUGUUCAUACAUCUCACUGGAGUCUGCUGGACUGAUGGCUGCUCUACAGACUUAGGCUGCAGUCCAAAGCCCAAACAGGCAGUGGUUGAGCUGAAUGGAGCAGCCCUGCAACCUAUACAAGCAGAAGAUGGCGGGCAGCCAAUAGCUAUGCCAGUCUUGAGCUAGUGUAGCAUUUGGGUCCACACUGGGCUUGAGCCAGUGCCACCAGCAUGCAGUUCCCUGUGUGACCUGCUCAAAGUGUUCUGGGCGUGGGAUGGUGGUGCAGAUAGAGGGCAGUGACAGAACUGGGGGGAGAGACACUGGUGUCCAGUCCACCCCCUCUCUCAUGGCCCAGCACAAAGGGGGAGGGGUUUGAAAUUGCAGCCUCAAUUCUUUUGGUUUGUGAUUGGUUUUAAAAUUAUUUUGUGUUUUUAAAUCGCUGCAACCUACCCUGGGACAUUAUGGUGAAGGGUGGGUAAGAAGUCAAAUAUCAAUCAAUCAGUGAAUGAAUGAAUGAAUGAAUAAAACUAUCUAACUCAAACUGGGUCUCAGACUGAAACGUUCGCCUCUCACAUACAGAAAAUGCGGGCAUAGAGUAGCUUGCUUGUGUUCCGAUUGGCUCUUGCAUACUAAUAACUCCUUCCCCAUUGGUCAUGAGGGCUGCUUUUUUAUUGAGAAGCAAGACCAGCUUGCAGUGGGUGGGCUGAGGUGACAUGCAUCUUGGAUCAAUACAGUGACUAAGAAAAAUGAUGACUUGGCAAAGGAUCAAAGGGAUGUUAUCUUUAAUAAUUAACAGUUAACAAUUAAAUCUUCAGUUUUUAAUUUUUUAAAAAAGAAGUCCUGCCUCAGCAUUUCAGUGUGAAUUUCUCCGAAUACAUUUUCUAUCCCAUUUUUCCUGAUAUGCAAUUUUUGCAAAGCAAUUUCCCACAAUAUGAUAUCAUUCCUCUAAUAAAAUUUCCACAGUAUCUAUAAACAUUUGUAUAUUAUUUUCAUUAAUAUAUGCAUUUUUAUUCACACUUUAUCCUCGUAUAUGCAUUUUUGUAUACAUUUUUUGAACAGAGAACUGCAUUACAAAAUUCGGAGAAGUGCAAAUUUUGAAUGAGAGACCCAUUUUGAAUUGUGUGUUGUUUUGGACUGUUUGAGAUUAGAUCGGUUUGCCUUAAUAUGAGAAUUGAAUCUAAUUUAUUCACCAUCCUCUUGCCUUCCAGAGGUUUUGGACUACAACUCCCUUCAAUCUCAGCCAGUAAUCCAAAACCUCUGGAGGGCACCGUCGCUGAAGGCUGUUCUAUAGUGUCUGCGUUCUCAUUGCCUCAGUGAAACUUCUUCACCAACUUGUUGGGUUAUGAAUGAUAUUUGAAAGAUGACGGUGUUAGACUGACUGAAACCUAAACUCCUUGUAUAUUUAAGUCUCCCUGAGUAUCUGAUCUUUUUUCCUUUUUCCUUUGCAAACUAGGGAGACGAAAUACUUCUCUUCUUCUCAUCCUCAUGGGGCAGACAAGCUCACAAGAUGUCUAUGUGAAACCUCUGCUUUCCUUCAUAGAAGGAUUCAAAGCUCUAUCUAAGGUAAGGGAAAUUCUUCUUAUUAAUUUUUUAAAAUUUCAUCUGUUUGGGAUAACUUUGUUCUAGGCAACUUUUAUAAUAUAAUGACUUGCUUUCCAGAUCUGAUUAUGGAUACAUAAAUCAGAGUGAUGGUGGUUUCAUAUAUAUAUAUAUUGUACCAAUCCUGUUAAAUAAAACUGAAGCUUUUGAGUGCCAUGCAGUGUUUUCAUUAGUCAAAGGUUGUGAGUCAGUUAAUUAUACGACAAGAGGUGCAAACUCUUUCUUCCCUAUGACUCAUAUAACAGAAGCAUCCUGAUUAAUAUUUCAUUGGUGAAACAGUAUUUUUCAGAAAUAUUUAUGGCCUGAAAGACUUUUCUCAUCAAGCUACAAUUCUCUGUGAUAUGAGAUUUUUAAUCCUGAAAUCCUGAGUGACUCCUUUGAAAUUGUUGAUGGAAUGAAUUAAUAUACAGGGCAAGCACAGAUACCAUGUUCCAUGCCAAAUAAUAAAAAGCAGUUCUCAGAAUAGCAUGAAAAAAUUAACCUUGCAAAUGAACAGAUAAUCUGAACACUGAUUUUCUUCAAUAGUAUUUGAUUAAGGAGCUUUUCAGAUGAAUGCCUAAUCAAAAAAUUAUAUAGCAAUAGCCUGCUUAUUAAAACAUUCACAUUAUUUUGAAAAAUUAAUUAUGGAAGUUGAAGAGAUACUAAAUUUACAUUGGUAAAUGUUAACAUGAGGGCUCCCCCACCCAAAAAAAUAGCCCCAGGCCUUGGUCUGUUGAAAGUGAGUGUUUUGAAAAGAUUUUUCACUGUUCUGUGUGCAGAAGACUGAUCCUUGUUGCCCACCUAACACCUUUUGCCAUUAUGUUGAUUGGCAGCUGUCCUGUUGGGAGCAAUUUGCCUGAUCUGCCAGGGGGUAAAAAGUAUGGCAGUGCAUUGGCAGCUGUUAACUAGGACGACAAAGCCAAAAACAGUGGAGGGAGAUGGAAUAUAUUAUAUCAAUGUUUUAAAAUCACACACAAACAAAUGACACCUCAGUGUCACUGUAUUUUUUUAAUAAAGCAGUGAAAUCUACAAAGAUUGUGUGUCUUUUUCUAAGUGAUCUUUUGUGGCAGCUGGAUUGGCAUUGCACUUUUUUUUAGAACCGAGUCAUGCACUUCUACACACACACACACACACACACACACACACACACACAGACCCCCCCACCUUUUCACAUUUUUUGAUAUUCCAAACAGUAUUCUUCGAUAUUUGUGUUAUGGUCCCAAUGAAAAUUGCAGUGCCUGUGAACUCUCCACCCCUGGAAGGUGCUGUUUCUUCAGGAAAGGAGGCUGCCAUGGCCACAAAUUCAGCUUCCUUCUGGGAAGAAGAAUACAGUGGUAUCUCGGGUUAAGUACAUAAUUUGUUCCGGAGGUCCGUUCUUAACCUGAAACUGUUCUUAACCUGAAGCACCACUUUAGCUAAUGGGGCCUCCCGCUGCCGCAGUGGCGCCAGAGCACGAUUUCUUUUCUCAUCCUGAAGCAAAGUUCUUAACCUGAGGUACUAUUUCUGGGUUAGCGGAGUCUGUAACCUAAAGCGUAUGUAACCUGAAGCAUAUGUAACCCGAGGUACCACUGUAGUGGUUCCAAGGGGAGGGGGUUUUCACCAGAACUGUGGCACAGAGAGGGCAGAGUUAAACCUCCCCCCUCUGUGCAUCCUGUAUCCAGUAACUCCCCCAAACUAAAAAGCAUUACUUUAAUAAGCAAGGGGAAGGGCCAGGGCUAGCACACUCAUAAGAAAAGGUGAGCCAACAUCCUCAGCUGGCAGGAUCCUGGGGCAGCAGAUCUGGCCUCCAGGAAUGCAUUGCCCAUGGCAGCUGCCAUCGUGGCAGUGACAGCUGUGGUGAGCUCCUUGGAGGUUGGAUCUGCCACCUCCUCGGCAGCCCUUCCCCCUCAUGCCGCCUCUACAAUGACCUAUUGAUGGAUAGAAAGCUCUGCUGGUCUGAGCCCCCCAUGUAGAUCCUUAUUCCUCCCUUGUUACCAAUGUAGAUGUCUGCUCACCCCUUCUUGCAUGGCUGGGGAGAAGGGAGAUGUCAUUUUUUUGUUUGCCUCAGAUGCCAAAAUGUCUUGGGCUGGCCCUGGGAAGGGUUGUACCUCGGCUGUAGAGCAUCUGCUUUGCACACAGAAGGUCCCAGGUUCAAUCCUGACAUCCUGUCCCCUGUCUGAAAUCCUGGGAAAGGUGCUACCAGUUAGUAUAAGGAAUUCUGAGUUAGGUAGACCCAUGGUCUGACCUGUAAAAGGCAGCUCCCUACGUUCCUAUGGAUUUGGUGUAUUGUUUACUUUGGUCCCCACUUUGAUUGUGGGGUUACAUGGAGGCUAGGGAUGUGUGGAUCUGCCAGUUUUGGUUUCUCUCUGUAUCUUCUUUUUCCAGUCUUCAGCUCUUCACAUUUUGCAUUUUAAAGUGCUUGUUUCAGUGCUCAUUUCUCCUCAUAUAUUUGUAUACAAUUUUGGCUCAGAUGCACAUUUUUUGCAAAGCAAUCUUCCCUGUAUAUAAUGUAUGUCGUUUUCACCAACAUAUGCAGAACUGCAUUGCAAGAUACAAAGAAGUGUGAAUUUUGAAGGACAGCUGUGUUUUGUUUUGCAUUUUAUUUCGGAAAGUGUGAAUUAUGUAGGUUCACCUUUAAAUGCCAGCUGAAUUGAAUUUCUCUCUCAUCUGUAAUUGAGGCUCAACAUGAAAUAUAUGAGAUGCUGAUGUGAUGGCACCGAGCAAGGUUUUGCAUUCCAUACAAAUGGUCUAAGCCAAUGGUGUCUGGAAGUGGGGUGGGGCAGCAGUGAGCCAAAUGAGGACUUAGAACAUGCUGCAGAGUACAGUGGUACCUCGGAUUACAUACGCUUCAGGUUACAUACGCUUCAGGUUACACACUCCGCUAACCCACAAAUAGUGCUUCAGGUUAAGAACUUUGCUUCAGGGUAAGAACAGAAAUCGUGCUCUGGCGGCACGGCAGCAGCAGGAAGCCCCAUUAGCUAAAGUGGUGCUCAGGUUAAGAACAGUUUCAGGUUAAGUACGGACCUCCGGAACGAAUUAAGUACUUAACCCGAGGUACCACUGUACUGCAUAGCAAACAGGGAUCCUCAGCAGAUGUUCAGGGUUUCUUCACGACCUGAUGUGGAAAGGAUUGCCUGAAGGCUUUGGACAAUUUUGACAGAGUUCAAAGAACUUCAAUUAAAAUUAUGAAUAAUAUUUGAAGACACACUCAUAGCACUACCUAAUUGAAAACAGAUAUAAUUUCCCUCCUUUUGCCGUUUCCUUGUGGUAUUUUUACACUGUAUUGAUUUUGUGACAUGAUGAAAAAUAACAACACAGAGCUUUGGACAAUGUAUAGUUUGUCCAACAGCAAGCAAGAAGAAUGCUGUGGCUCUGUUAUCUCCUUCGCAAAGAAACUUUCUGAGUUAUAAAUAGAUUGCUAAUGACUGUCAGGUUCUUCAUCUCUGAAACUUCCUUGUAGGUAUCUCAUUACAGAGCUAACAUCAUUAAUAAAAUAGAUGGAAUAUUUCACAAGGGCAGGAUUUUUUAAAAUUCUUUUUUACCUCAGUAGCUGUGAGGAAUAUACCUAGCAUAUGCAUAAUUUUGAAGGCCAUUUUAAAACUGUAAUUCAUCAUAAUUAUCUCCAUAUUUUAAUGGCAAAACACAUUUAAUUGCUUUUGACUGGGCUGGCAUCAUGAUACAAAAGAGAAGUAAUGGCAGAUGGUCCUACUGUCAAAUCUGCUACUCUUAACCCACAAUAAAAAGUAGAACAUGUUUCUGUGUCCCUGAUGUGCUUUUUAGUACAUGCAUGGCCCAAAGUAUACAUUGUAUGCAAAUGCCUUUAACUGUAGCCCAAAUGACCCGUUUGCUCCAGAUUGCCCUCACCACGAAUAGCUUUUCUUUGCUCAAACUGCUUGUGGUGAGGGCAAUCUGGAGGAAGAACAUUAUUCAUUCCCCACUUUCCAUUUCCCCCGUUAGAAUUGUCUCCACAAAGCAAUUGCACCUAGUAGACCAUGUGACAGCGGACACAAUCAGAGAACAGCUUCGACUGGCUGGCUAAACCAGGUGAGGUAGCAGAUGGGCCUCAAACCCUCAGUGAGUUAGGGACUACCCAUGGAUGUGAAGACAGGGUCUGGUGGAUUGAUCAGACAAGACCAGUCGUGGGUCCCACAGUCAAGAAGAUGGUUUCUGCACAUUCUGUAGAAGGAAGCGAGGGGCAGAUGGGGCUCAUCAACCUGGGAAGAUUAUUCAUCUAGGAGAAGGAAAGCUCUGAUCCUAAACCUCCACAGCCGUGUGGUAUACUCAUUCGUGAGAAAGGCUUCAGGACUAAACUCUUUUACUGGAACUUAAGAGAACUAAGUUGUAUGAUCAAGAAAAGUCAAUUCAACCACUUCAGAAGCUACAGAAGAAAUGCUGGCCCUUGAACUUAAAUGACAGCAACACUCGUCUUACCCCAAAUAAUCCAAAAUGCAAUUUAUGAUUGUUUAGUGGAAGUGGGUGUGGCAAUAGUAAAAACAAGAUCAUUUAUAGACAGCUUUAAUUGACUAAUAUCAUAACAAAUCUUCCAUCAGUGUGACAUUAUUCACCGCCCACAGCAGUGUGGCAGUUGUAACUUCUUUUUGUUAAUAUUAAUUGCUUAAUCAUUUUUAUUUAUAUAGCUCUUAACUGGUGCCUGAAGCACUUUACAUAAAAAUAAUUCAGUGAAAUGUCAUUUAUAAAGUCUAUUUAAAAUUAACUUUUGAAGAGAAAAGAAAAGUAGAGUAAAGGGGGGAAAGAUACACUACAGAGAAUUCCCAGAGGGGAGAUUGUGUUAGUUGGUUGAUGCAAAAACACCACAGACUCAUGAGGCACCUCAAAGCCCAAUUAAUUUAUUAUGGAAUAAUCUUUUGUGGGCUACAGUUCACUUCAUCAGGUGUAUUGUGUGUUAUCCUGAGUUGUAUCUUACAAACACCUGCUAACUCAAGGUAACGUUCCAUGCAUCUGAUGAAGUAGGCUGUAGUCCACAAAUGUUGAUGCCACACAAACGGAAGUAGAACAGAGUUUUUGGUGUUGAGGGCUCCAUUCCAUUUUAGGUAAUCUGAGAUAUGUUUGAGCAUUAGAGAUAAGGCUAUUGGUGACUUGCCAUCAUGGAUAUGUUGUACAUCCACAGUCAGAGGCAGUGUGCCUAUGGAUGCCAGUUGCUGACAAGUGCAAGCGAGGAGAGUGCUAUUGAAGCCAUACCCUGCUUGUGGGCUACCUAUGGGCAUCCGACUGGUCACUGUGAGAACAGGAUGCUGAAUUAAAUGGGCCUUUGACCUGGUCCAGGAGGGCUCUUCUUACGUAAUCUGUUGGGGGCCACUUUCUGGCAGUGUGUUGAGACUAAAGCCAAUUGUGGGUGGGGUCCAAGGUCCAAGGUCCAAAGUGGUUGGAUGCCAUCACCACUACCUUUUCUUGUUGGAUCUCCCUGCAUCACAUGAACAGAUGCCACAUGAUGUUGAACGUAAAGACAAUUUCCCCAAGACAGAGUGUUGUUGGUUGACCGUAAUAAACCUUGGGCUGACUGAUUAUAGAAAAGGAGCCCUACAUGCAGAAAACACUUAGCUAACGUGGAUGUGCAUUUCAUACCUGUUAUGCUCUGCUCAUCAGUGCACCAUUGAACUGGCAAAUGCGGAUGUAUAUCAUUACCAGUCAUGUGAGCUUUUGUCGGUGGGUUAACCUGGAUUGGGGACUGUAAAUCGUAGUGUUUAGAUGAUCAUAGUUCAAUAAGUGGAAAUAUGAAGCAACCUUUUGCCCAGGCAUGCAGCACCAUCAACUCUCCCUUCAUGGUGCAAGCAAACAAACUAGAAAAUAACCAUAGUUUUCCAUUUUGGCCGAAGUGAGAACUCGUUGCCAGCCUCAGAACAUGCAGGGAUAUUAAACCAUGGUUCGAAGUCGGUUUAAUCUUGUGAGCUCUUUGAAAGCUAGUAACCAUAGUUUUGCAGUAAUUAAAUACUUGCUGGUUUGUUCACUCAUGCUACAAAGUGGAAAAACUUGUUCAUAUCUUGGCUUAUCAAGUUGAGAUAUGUUUAUCCAAACCAUCUCUGAAAAAAAUAACAAAUUUUAUUGUUUACAUUCAUUAGUUUCAAUCACAUCAAGAAUGAUUGAUUGAAAAUGAAGUGAAAUUGAAAAAAAGGGGCAAAUGGCAAUCUGAAGUAAAUAGAAAUGUUAGAAGAAAUUCAUAUAAGUAUUUUAUUGAGGUAUGUCUGCUUUUGGCAGUGUUCUCUGGAUAAUGGCAGCGCAAUUAUUUCUCAAAAUCAGUAACCACUUGCCAAUUAUAGUCAAUUCCAUGACUAGUGCCAGCAACAAAUUAGGUUUAGUGUGCUUACAUUUGCCCUCAGCUUCACGCUCCACAUUUUGUCAGUGUUUUGACAUGUUGUAGAAGGAACCGUAAUGCAGAUAUAUUGCUUAAUACCCUCUCCCAUGAUAGUCAGUAGGUGUGCAUAGCACACAUUUUAAAUUUAUAUGUUAUGCCAUACUGUUGAAACAUUUCACUAGCAAUAUCAUGAAUAAUUUUAGUAGAAGGUAGCAAUUAAGUAAUUAUAUAAAGUGUGAGUCUCAGAGAAUUUCUGCUGAAGCAAGUCCUUUAAAAUUAAUAAAGCAUUUCAAGAUUUCCACUGUUAAUUCCCACAAUCGCAAAAGAAACCUUAGCUGGUUACUGAUUUUCACUGUUAAUUUCCACAAUCGCAACCCCCCCCCCAAAAAAAAACCCUUAGCUGGUUACUGUUUUUAGUCAUCAUUAAAGGCUCAUAAUUUCUCCAAUCCAUUUUUUAUGGAGUUGUUUUUAAAUGUUGUAAAUGAAGCCACAGCAACCUAACACCAGUUAGAAUACAACAGAAUACUGUUGUUCAUAAGGCAAUAAUGCAUUUCCACUAACAAAUUAGAAGCCAAAACAUAGACAAAACUUGUGCCUUUGUAUUUGCCUAGUUAACAGCCAGCAACCUCAGAAAGUUAUAAAGAUGUUAUCUAGUGGUACAAAUGGAUUGUGUGUUAUCCUGCUAUAACUUAGACCAUCUUCACAUUGCUGCAGAUGUCUGGGCUGUUUCACUAGAAUGGAGCUUCAUUAACUUCCCAUUGCCACCCAACUGCUAGAGGGACUGCACUGACUGAGACGUCUACCUCUACAUGCAGUGACUUUGUUCCAAUGUACUCACUUUUGCGAUUCUAUCUGCAACCACACCCCCAGAUUACACGCCAACCAGUUCCCAAGUCUUCUUCCUUAGUUCUUCUCUCUGUUUUUACUAUAAACAACUUCAUAAGGAUCUCUUUAUAUUUCUCCUUGUGCCCACCAGAAUGACUGUAGCAGGACAUUGGGAAAGGUCUCCUGACUUCUCCAAUAACAACUGGUGCAGCUGCAUUUGGCACCUGCCUUAAUGGAAAGGUGACAACACCAAACUUGAUGCAUUUGUCACAGUCUGGUUUCCACUUUUGACUUUUAUAAACAUGAUAACUAAAGGCAUCCAAUCUGGUUUUUGGAGAGGCUGUGGAUGAUAAUUUCUCCAUUUGAAAUGCUGUAUCCUUACUUUGAUGCUUUCUGAAUGCUGUAUUUACUGUAACAGUACAUUUAAGAUGAGAUAUUGUUUAUUCGGUAACAUUUAUUGUAUGAUUCAAUAUGAAACUACACCCACACACCCACACCACACAAUAUAUAUAAUAUAAAAAGGCCGACCCAAAUGCGAAGACUUGGAAGGGUAUUCAUUAGCAAACUUGAAACUGUGGAAUCUGGCCUUGACAAACUCUGGGAAUUUCUAGUUCAAAGGCCUGGGGAAGACAAUUGCCUCCUUUAUGUGUUGAUUCACACAUUGUUAUAUAUAGUCAUCAGAAGUAGCUACUUGUCAGGAGAGAGUAACACGCAUACUGCUCCAAUUUUUCACUCAUUUUAUUGAAUUCUGUUUUUCAUUUGUGUUCUGCAUAGUAGUAGCGUACAAUUCCCAAGCUUGCUUUGAACUCAGAUCUUUAGAUUACUUCAUUUUCAGAUAGCAUGGCUUCAUGCACACAUCUCAGAUGUGAAAAGUUUUAGUUGAUAUUGUUAUAUAAAAAAAUUCCAUGGUAUUUCAGGCUUAUGGACUUGUACAUGGCAGAUAGCAGACUUCAGCAAUGCACACAAACGCACAAUGCUUUCUAGCUUGAGUUUUCUCCAGGAACAGUAAGGCUCCAAAAACCUGUGUUGACAGGUAAUGAGAUUUAAUUCACAGGAGAGGGGAGAAUAAAACAUCCAUAUUCAUUACUUAAUCAAAUAAAAAUACUUUCAGAGAAUUCUGGGAAUUCUCAACAGUUGCUUUGAAAGCCUCUCUUUGAUAGCUGUAAACAAAUUACCUUACGAAUAACUUCUUAAUCAAGGAAGAGCGGAGCUACUCUCUACUUGAUCUUUCCCUUUGGGUGGUCCCAGUCAGAGCUGCAGUCCUGUGCCUGAUGGCUUGGCUCCUGAAAAGCCGUAUAGUAUUAUGCUGACAGCUGUAGACCUCUUUUUGUUAGGGAUAACAGACAUCCUGUGCUGAGGACAGCACCAAGCCCAGCUUGCAGUAUGCCCAAUUAGAGAAGCUAAAAUCUCAUUUGCUUCACCAUGGGAGCCUCUGAAAGCACACCGUUUGGGCCUCAUUACAGUAUUUUUAACUUUACAAAAACAAUUUCAUUAUGGAAAUUAAAGGAAGCUUAUUUGGUCUCUGCAUUUACACUGAAGUGAAUAUACUCUACAAAAAAAUCCAACCCACCUAUCAUCUCGAGUCCACCCCCCCUUUAUCACAAAGUUUCUUUGAGAAACCGUUUUGCCCUCUAGCUUCAGUAAGAAAGCAACCAUUUUGAAACCAACUGGCUAGUAUUAACACUGGAGACAUCAAAUAUGCAAGCUGCUGUUUGCCGCACUGGGAAGCCAAAAGUUCUCUUUUAAGACUAAGGCAGUGCUUUAAUUUCCUCUCCAAGAAUGUAAUUGUUUUGGAACCUCUCCCAAUGGCAAAGGGUUGGGUGAGCAACCCCAAGGGAGGGAAGCAAGCUUGCAGAAAUGAUCCAAGUGCGAGAUGAAACAGGCAGUCAAGAGGAAGCAGGAGCCAGUAACCAAAGGAACCAGGAGGGAGUGCAGCGCAAACUCUAGGAUACAAACAACAUCACUCUCUAGCAUGUAGCCUCCAGCAACUGGUACAGUGGUACCUCGGGUUAAGAACUUAAUUCAUUCCGGAGGUCCAUUCUUAACCUGAAACUGUUCUUAACUUGAAACAUCACUUUAGCUAAUGGGGCCUCCUGCUGCUGCCGCACCACUGGAGCACGAUUUCUGUUCUCAUCCUGAAGCAAAGUUCUUAACCCGAGGUACUUUUUCUGGAUUAGCGGAGUCUGUAACCUGAAGCGUCUGUAACCCGAGGUACCACUGUAUUUGGAAGCAGAGCAGAGCCACCCGAGUUAGUAGCCAUUGGCAGUCUUCUCUAUGAAUUUGUCUAAUCCUCUUUUAAAGCCAUCUAGGUGACCAUGUGCUGAGUGAAGAAGCACUUUCUUUUAUUUGUCCAGAAUCUUUCAACAUUGUGCUUCAUUGGCCGACCAUGUCUUUUGACUUUCCCAGCUCCUCUCAAGACAUACAACUAAUUCUGUUUUCAAAUCUGUCCAAAUUCUGUGAUAUUCAAUGACCAGAAAUCUUACAUACUUAUCCUCUUACAGUAGAGUCAGGAAAACUAAUAAAAACAGGCUUCAAUUUGAUUCCUACAGCAACCAUUAUCACAAUUACAAAGAAAAUCUCAGGUCCGCUGAAUACCAUAAGAGUAACAUGCCCUGUAAUUUAGAGUUUAAAUUGGUGUCUGGGUGGUUGAUGUGUUCAGGACAAGCUUGAGAGUGGUUGUUUUGUUUGCUGGGGAGCAUUAUGGUGUAUAAAUAUUGUUAUUUCCUGCAGAAUAUCUCAAUCUGUAGCCCUUUGUUGGAACGAUCCUCUACCCAUUAACCUGUGAACAUGUUCAAUGCAGCUGAGCAAAGCAAAUUAAUUUACAAGACUAUGCUGAAACAAAAUCUAUAUUUUAUUUGGGAAGCAGUGAGAUAGUGAUAUAUCAGUAGUAUGGGAGUUUAGACACCCCUAAUUCUCAGUGCCAGAAUUGCUAUUUGCUCCAGAUUUAGCUACAUUUUUCCUCUUUUAUUUUCUCUUGCAUCACAUUAAGUAGCUUUAAAAGUAUAUAAAUAGGACUGGCACCAAAUGAUCUUUCUACUUUGUAGAAGCUUCAAUAUUUCCUCCAUUUUUUUUCCUUAUUAGGCUCCCUCUUUGAUUGGAGACGCUGAAAGGCUGUUAAUCAUAAUGAGUUUCUGCUUUCAUGGCAACACAUCUGUCUUUAUCUUCAGAAGGUGCUAGCUGGUGUUCAGCAUUUAAGAAUACAUUACUAUAUAUUGUGUUUUGCCCAGGGAUAAUAAUCUAGUUGGUCAUCAUCACUGGCAAAACCUUCAUAGAAGUUGAGAUAGUAUAACAAGCAUGAAAAUUAUGUCCCUUCUUCCAUUUCUCAUUUAUUUCUCCACAUACAACACAUUUAUGAGCUGAUUUUUAAUGAACUUUUACAAAUGACUAAAGUUGUCUCCAAAACAAGAGCAAAAGACUUCUGCAUACUUGAGCUCAGUGGACUUCUGAAUAAACAUGUUUAGGAUCAAGGUAUUAGCUCUCCAUUAUGCUGACUGAAUGUAUCAUGAUAGAAUGGUGAAGGGUGAAGGGACCCCUGACCAUUAGGUCCAGUCGUGGCCAACUCUGGGGUUGCGGUGCUCAUCUCACUUUAUUGGCCGAGGGAGCCAGUGUACAGCUUCCGGGUCAUGUGGCCAGCAUGACUAAGCCACUUCUGGCGAACCAGAGCAGUGCACGGAAACGCUGUUUACCUUCUCACCGGAGCAGUACCUAUUUAUCUACUUGCACUUUGAUGUGCUUUCGAACUGCUAGGUUGGCAGGAGCAGGGACCAAGCAACAGGAGCUCACCCCGUUCUCACCCAAGAAAAGGAAGGGCAGUUUGUUGAAUUUUCUCUGAAUAUUCUUCACCAUUUUGUGUGUGUGUGACAGUGCCAUUUCCCUGUCCCUGCAGUGCCCUGAAACAAUACCAUAUGCAGGGCAUGGUGUCGGAUGCAAAUAUUGAUGCACUAUUUCCUCAGUUUGCUUUCAGGAAAUCUGGGUAGCAACUCUGAUCUGGACAGCUGCAACAGCCUCAAAAUCUGUGGUGGAAGAAGAACUGUUUGUGAAAUAUAAGCUUAGUAUGACAGGGCUCUUAUUACAGCUAUGAUCUCCAUAUAACAGUAAAUUCAACUGCAAUUUUUAUUAUGAUUUUUUACAUGUUAAGAUGUAUGUGUUAGGGAAAUGAUAGAAAUGAUACGUAUUUAUUGGACACUAGGGUUGUGUAUGCACAAUAUUUUGUUCUAGAAUCAAUGGAGACUCAGUACUUGCUUUUUUCUAUGUAGUCCACACACAAUCUAGAACUAUUGCAUAUUUUUUGGCCCUGAAAAGUUCUUUUUGAGAAGCAAGUCUCCUUGUGGCUUCAGGCACAGUAAAGCCAUGGGGUGGAGGAGCAGGUGGUAAAGACCAAGACACCCAGUGUUGGAUUAAAAUUAGGCCACAACUUUGUUGUUUACAGAAUAAUAAGUUUGGCAUGGGCAUUGGGUACAUAUCAAAUGAUCAACCAGCCUGCCUGCUGCUUGAUAUGCUGCCAGUUGAUGGAUGAGAGUUGGCCAAAAUUUGGAGUCCCCUUACGGUAGAAACUGCUUCUCAUGGACCCUGUCAGAUCAAUGGUAACAGGUGCUAUGACCCAUCACCCCCUGAAUGGGAUUAUGGGCAGAAAGCACCACCUAAUGGUGAUCCCCUGAUGGGAUGGGGCAGGCUAUCCCUUCUCUUCUCUUCCCUGCUUCCUAAGGAUCCAGCCCAGUGCCUCUCCCACCACAAGAGCUGAGGGGAACGCCCCAACUCACUGCCACAUCUAAAGCUCCUGUAACCAUCCACACAGACCACUGUGAAUGUCCACCAACCAGGCCUCAUUGCCUGCCCCAGAGAGAUGCACAUUGCCCAAUUCAUCUCUUCUGAAUUAUACUGAUGGAUAUUGCCUCACCGGUUAGUUCUCUGAGAACUAGCAGCUUCCAAUAAAUCAUUUUGUUGACCUUCUCUGGGCUUCAUUGACCAUGCCAGGGUUUAAGCCCCCCCAGCCCCAACCCCUGAGGAGUUCCAGCCUGAUGACCACCACCUGUGGGAAUUCAGCUUUCAGGGUGUCCAAUCAGCAUGUAAGACUAAGGAUGAUUCCCUUUUGCCUGCCUAGAUCAUUUUCACCAGGUUGUAUGAUGAUAUAAUCAGAAGGCUCUUGGCUGUAAUACAUAACAUGACUGAUAGCACAAAUUCGUCCCUCAUCAUCUCAAAUUCCAUUCCACCCUCUCACUCAGAUGGUGUAGACACCACCCACAUGACAGUGUGUGGUUCUUCACCUGAUGGAUGAUGCUGUGCCCACAAAUCCAUACUGAUCUGUAUGCCAGGCCUCUAGGAGGAAGAAUUUAAGAAAGAGUGGUAAGCUUCUGAACCCCAUCUCUGAAUUGCCUGGAUCCUGGGGGUGGGGGACACUCUACUCUGCUGCCAACAUGGCUGCCCCAUGACUACCUGACCAGACAAUCACAUUCUUGCUCUAGAGUUCAGGAAUCCCUGUAAUAAUUUAAAGGUAUGUUGAAGUGACCUUUAACUACAAUAAAGGAAAGGGGGGAUUUUAUCAGGUCAAUCUAGAGUGGAAGAGGUUGCUAUGCUAUUAUUCAAAUUCUGGCGUGUGUUUUUUAAGGAAUUUGACAACUGAAAUGGUCUUCAGUAAACCAUUUAGUAUUCUGUCAGACUGACAGAAAAUAGUCUUCCUUUCUGUAUAACUUGGCAAAUUAUACUGGAAAAGCACCGUCUCUUCAGUUUUCUGAAAGAAACACUUUUGGUCUGUAAAGUGAAAUAAGAUAAUUCCAGAUAAGUUAUAGGUCAGACAGAUGUAAGGAUAUAACCUUGAACAGCACUCAAUCCUUUUUUAUGAUAUAAUAAAAUGUCAACAUGAAGUUUAUGAAUCAAGCAAUUUUAUCAUUGUAGAGAGUGGGAGUGAAGCAGGCAUUUAAUUUGAAAUAGAGAUAGCAUGCACGUAGAAUAUUCCAGAACGCUGUGAUGUUUUUUAUGUUUCCUCUGAACCCCUUUAAGUGUUAAGUCAACAGUAGUCUACACAAAUGGAUUAUCAGAUCUGAGCAACAGCAAGAAAAACUCUGCAUAGAUAUGGUGGAGACUUAGGAGAAGUGAGAUGUAGAGCUGAAAAUCCUGCCUGUGAGAUAAGAUGUUAUCCUUUAGUAUUAAGGGAAUCUGUAGUUCUGUCAAAGGGCCAACGAUCUUCUCAGUUUUUAAUAACACCAAGUUUUGUCUUUCUAGAAAAAGGGUCCCAUGCUUCAAACAGCAAAUAUCAUAAAAUGAAAGGGAAGCAGACUGGGAAAAACUGAUACACAUCUUCCCAUAGAAAGAUUGCAGUUGAAUAGUGUAACAGAACUUUUCCAAGGAGUAGGUCCCAGUUACAAACUGUAAUGCCAAACUGGAAGAGAGGUUGGGAAGAAUCUUGGUUUUACACAGUCUUACAUUCUCCGCUGUAAUGGUUCCAGGUCUGAUUUUUGGAGUCUCCAAUUAAAUAUUAACUAAGAAUGUUGAGAAUGUGUGGCUAGAUAGACCACCAUUCAGAAUCAGUUUAUGGUCAGAUUCAGAUCAUACAAUUGAAAUCUUUCAGGUUUUCCCACAUGCAAAGGCAUUAAUAAGAAAAGUCUUGCUGAUCAGACUAAAUACAAGUCAAGUAUCCUGUUCCCCACAACAGCUAACCUAACAUGAGAGGAGUAGCCCUUUCCUAUGUUUUUUUCUCAGCCUCCUAAGAUGGUGGUUGCAUAUAACGUCAGGAUUAGUAGCCAAUGUUAGCCUUAUUUUCAGUGUAUUUGAUCCACUUUCAAAGUGGUAGAAGUUAGUGGCUAUCAUCACAUAUUGUGGCAGUGAACCCCAUUAGUUUAUUGUGUACUAUGUAAAAAAGUAAAUUCUAGAGGCAGCUUAUAGGCAAAUUGAGUAAUAACCAUUGAUAGCUUGAUCAUCUUUGAAUUUGUCUAAUUCUCUUUUUAAACCAUAGUUCAGCUAUGUGCUAGUGCUAUGUCCAAGAAUCACAGCAGACAUAGAUUACAAAGACUUUAUUCUAAAAUAAGAAGCAACAACCAUAGCAACACUGAACAAGUAUGCCUAGACCAAUUAAUUCUCCAUUGUUACUUCUUUCUAUAGACUGACUUCCUUCAGCCGGCUAUUAUUCCCAGCUGUCUUAAGAGAAGAUGCAAAGGGCAACUUCAUACUAUAUCACCAUAGCCAGGUAUGCUCUAUGAAGUUUGCCUUCUCAAGAGUAUCAGUGGUUGGUGAUGGCUCAGAUGGUGGUGGACUGAAUGAGAUUUACUGAAUGAGAUUUCCCCUCACAUUCCCUUGGUGUUUAUGUCUUUUCCAUUGCUUCAGCUUUGCUGUGCUGAGCUUUGCUUGAUGGAUGACUGGCUACAAAGCAGUUUGUCUGAUUAUUUGAGGGGUGAGGGAAAGGGGUAGUCAAUCCACUUGAACCAGAAGAAGAGAUGUUCUCUUUUUCCUGGUUCUCUCACACGAGGUUCUUGGCCUGACAUGACCAGGCGUGGAGCAGAUCAGCUGAACUCUGCUUCCUUUUAUUUCAUAGGACAGUUGGUUUUAUAUAAUCACUGUGGUGGUGUGAGCGUGGGAUACAGACUAGAUGAAUCAGGUGAAGGUGUGUGACGGUGUAUUUGCUGCUUCUUUUGGUUUUUUCUCACAGAGGAAUUGGCCUUCAAUGGCCCUUGUGGGGGCUCGGGGAAACAAUUUGCCUUGGAGUUCCUGUUAGUUUUAGUACCUUUGAAUUUGGGAGAUGAUAUAUUCAACAUCCAGGUAGAACUUAUCUCUGGGGGACAUGUGAGUUCAUAUGAAAAUUAAUAGGAUAUAAACCUAAAGCCAGCUGUUAAGGUGGAACAAGUGAAGCCACCAUUAACCUAUUUAUAAAGUGCUUCAACAAAAUUAUCCAGAUUCUUCAUCCAGAGUUUCCUUCAGAGUUUAUUGAAAGUUUCAUUAUUUUGUUCCCCACUGGUCACUGAAAGAUUUCUGUCCACAGGCUCUGUCAAAAAUGAAGAGUUGCUUUGCCCCUGGAUUCUCAGUGGUGGCAAAGAGAUUGCAGACCUAUUAUUAUAUUAUCUCAGCAGCUUAUUACAUCCCUUCUGGUAUAGUCAGUCUAAACUAAACAGGCAAAGACAUUCACUCAAGAGUCAAGGAUGGUGCAGCAGAGAUACUACCACAGAGCUGAAUUCAAGCUGCAUUGCAGUCAUUUUUUGUUCUGAUGUAUCAUAGCCAAGUCCCUGUUUUCCCUACUGCUUUCAAUCAUGGUGAUAAUUGAAUGUUUUCUAGCAAUAUAAUGGGUAUUGUGAGCAGUAGUUGGGACUCACUAUUUCUUUCCUUCUUCCUAUUUGGUUCUUUUAAAAUAUUUGCGUGUGUGAAAAAAGGCAAUUUUUGCUUUGGUAUAUGUUGUUAUAGGUAGAGUUUGGAGGGUUUCUAUUGGUUUGUCUACCUGAGAAAACCAGGCAGUUUCCAAACUCCACCAUUAUUCAUAAUAAACAAGAAAAAAAUGAUAGGCUACCUUUAUGGCAGUAAUUUUGUGUGUGUGUGUGUGUGUGUGUGUGUGUGUGUGGAGGAAGAAUAGGAUGUAAUACCUGUGCUUGGUGUUUAUAUUAUUUAUUUCUUAAUUUUCUAUCUCACCCUUCCUUCCCAACAAGCCCAGGGUAUCAAACAAUAAAACAGCAAACCAGUACAAAAUAUAUUUUUUAGAAAGCAACAACAAUCAAAUAUCCUAUGUUCAUAGUUAAACAAUUUCAACUUUGCUGGAAACAGUAUAUUUUAGCCAUCAAAUGCCUGGGUGAACAUUUACCUUUAAAAUUCUGCCUAAAUGCUGAUGAUAUUACUCUUUGGGCCGUUUUUUGCAAUGCAGCUCUGCUGAUGCAAUGAACUUCCAUGUGCACAAUGAAACUUCCUCUUCCUCACCUGUUCCCUCCUUCAAAUCAGGAGCUUGGGGGAUCAUCUAGGGUAGAUUUGGGGUGUAUGAGGAGGGGGAGGAGAGGAAACACAAGUCCUGUUGCAGCAGUGGAACUAUGUGUACAUAGCAUUGCCUACAACCAUUUAUUUUUACUCUUUGUAUUUAUCCACCCAGCUAAUUCACACAAUAGCCCUGUGAGAGACAAUGGCUCCAUCUGCACUAUACAUUUUAAGCUGUAUCAUACUACUUUAAACAGUCAAAGACUCAAAGCUUUCCCCAAGGAUCCUGGGACCUGCAGCUUGCUAAGGGUGCUGAGAGUUGUUAGGAAACCCCAUUCCCCUCACAGAGCCACUCCCUGCCAGUGGAUCUAUAGCAGGGUUUUGGAAGGCUCUAUAGAAACCUUAUUCUUGGUCAAUAUUUUAUUGGCAGCACCGUGGAUACUAGUGUUGUGGGGGAAAAUGUUUUAAUUGACCAAGUAUGCUUUUACUGCAGGGACGCGGGUGGCGCUGUGGGUAAAACCGCAGCGCCUAGGACUUGCCGAUCGCAUGGUCGGCGGUUCGAAUCCCCGCGGCGGGGUGAGCUCCCGUCGUUCGGUCCCAGCUCCUGCCCACCUAGCAGUUCGAAAGCACCCUAAGUGCAAGUAGAUAAAUAGGUAGCGCUUUAUAGCGGGAAGGUAAACGGCGUUCCGUGUGCUGCUCUAGUGGCGGUUCGCCAGAUCAGCUUCGUCACGCUGGCCACAUGACCCGGAAGUGUCUGCGGACAGCGCUGGCUCCUGGACUCUAGAGUGAGAUGAGCGCACAACCCUAGAGUCUGUCAAGACUGGCCCGUAUGGGCAGGGGUACCUUUACCUUUACCUUUAUGCUUUUACUGCAUUUUAUUUUGGUAGGAGGAAGUGGACUUGAUGGUUUCAUAUUUGUAUUUUUAUUGGUUUGGGCUGCCUUUGGCAAGCAUUGCCUGAAAAGGCGGCCUACAAAGAGUUUAAAACAAAUAAAUAGAAAUAAAGUAUGCUGAACUUAAAUCUACUUUUCUGCAAGUUUAGCCCAUUAGCUGUAAUCCUGCCCUCUGAGGCAGCAGAGAACAGGGAUUUGACCUCAUCUGUGCAACAGCCCUUCAGUACUAUCAUGUCCCCCUCAGUCUUCUCUUCACCAGGCUAAACAGCCUUUAGAACCUAUUUUCCAUACCGCUGGCAAUCUUUGCUGUUCUUCUCUGAACCUGUUCGAGUUUGUUUAUAUCCUUCUUAAAACAGUGCCCAGAUAGCGGAGAGGAUACUGUAGAUGAGGUCUGACUAGUGCAUUCUUGACAUGGAGAAUACAAUGUGCAGGUAGCAAAUUCCAAGGAGUGAUGUUUUUGGAAACCCUCUAUCAUAUUUUGCUAUGCUGAGCGUGAAGAGGCAGGACAUUUUUCAAGUAUAGUUCCUCACAUAUAGUGAUUUCUCACAAUAUAUAGUGAUAUAUAGUGCUAGUAAUAAAACAUAUUCUCCCCACCCCAUUAAAACAGGCUAUCAGUGCAAUAAUCUAAAGAUGAGAGGCAUCUGACUUGGGAGUUGCCUAUAAAACCUGGACAUCCAAGAUUAUAAGCUUCUUAUAAAGUUGGAAUAUCAAGCCUCAAAGCCAGCACAUUCAAUAAUCUUGAGAUAUGUCAAGAAGAAAUAAUGGAGCAAUAGUUCUCUUCAUAAAUCUAUCACGGAUUGUCAGGGAACUGCCAUCGGAGCUAGAGGCAGAGGGAAGGCUCCAGAGGGAUGGCGGAGAGGGUCCCAGUAGGGAGAGAGGCAGCCCGUCCGCGGGGGAAGGAAAUCAGCGUAAAACCAGUGGAGAAGCGGGGCAGGUGGGGGAAUCGGGGAGGAGGCUCCAAGACUCCUUGCCGGAGACCAGUGGAGAGAGUACGGGUCCUCCGCUGCCCACACCUUCCCUGCGCAGAAGGCUUCCGCAAAUACCAUAUAUAAUAAACCACCAUAAAUUGACACAAACUAAUACUAUAAUGUCAAAGGACGAAUCUAUAACUGCAGCAUAACUUGACAGUCAUCCAUCCCAAAGAACCCUCAAAAAUUACAUGAAAUGUAUUUUUAAAAGGGUUAUGGAAGGUGUGGGGGAAGUAACCCAAGGAAGUCAAGUCUGAAAAGAUUUGAUUUAGAAAACCAAAUCAGUACUCAGUGAAUCAAAAGAGUUAAUGACUCAUCAUGGUAAUGGCUUUGGAUAUGUAAUUUCAACGCAAGACCUACACUUAUUCCUGGAAUCCCUCACAGGUUAGACUUGGUGCACAUGUUGCAUGUGUCAAAAACAGUCUCCUUGUGGCAAAUACAGGUAAGGGUAAAGGGAACCCUGACCAUUAGGUCCAGUCGUGGCCGACUUUGGGGUUGCUGCGCUCAUCUCACUUUAUUGGCCGAAGGAGCCGUCGUACCACUUCUGGGUCAUGUGGUCAGCCGCUUCUGGCUAACCAGAGCAGCGCACGGAAAUGCGGUUUACCUUCCCGCCGGAGCGGUAACUAUUUAUCUACUUGCACUUUGACGUGCUUCCGAACUGCUAGGCUGGCAGGAGCAGAGACCCGUUGUGGGGAUUCGAACCGCCAACCUUCCGAUCGGUAAGUCCUAGGCUCUGUGGUUUAACCCACAGCGCCACCCACGUCACUUGUGGCAAAUAUAUGUAGCACUACUAAUAUAGAGUGGCUUAUUACCUGGUUUGCUGCCAUGGUGAAGAAUGUAUCGCUGGGCUGAAUAUGAACGUGCAUCCUAUUUGUUAUGUAAAUUGCAGCCAUGGGAAAACCUGCACAAUUUCAGGGCCUCCAUACCACAAUCCUGACAAAAAUUGCAUCUCCAAAUAUAUUUGCAUUUUGAGGGAAGCCUACAUGGAUGCCUGUGCAAACAGGAGCUUUGGAGAGGUGUUUUUUGACCAGGUGUACAGGAUAUAGGAAUGCAGCAGAUUGGGUGCAUCAAAUUGAAAAAGCAACAUAGCAAUACAUAUACAUAACUUGUUGUCUGUUUAUUGUUUGUGGAAUAAUGAUGUAAGUUGUUUUAAAUGCUUGGAAUGUUUUGAACACUAAUUACAUGCAAUUUCAUUUUUGGAAAAUGAAACAGCUAUUGUAGAUAAGAAACCCUCUGAAUGGGAUAUUUUAGUGGAAAAGCUGUUUUAAAUGGUUUGAAUAUGGGAGGUAUAUUGUGAGUAUUUGAAAAUCCAAAAAUCUUUUACCUUAUCCACAGAAGCUGGAACCCUUUUCCAUACUGCGGUGUGACUCUAACGGGACACCUGGAAAUCAAUUAUUUUCCUGAAAUGAAAGGGUAGUAAGCAACCCACAGUUUCUGGAAAACUCAAGAAACUCAGAUUGUUUUCAAUAGCACUGAAAAAUCACAUGAUUAUUAAAGCUUGGUGCCAUUUCUUUACUUCCUCUACUAUAAACGAGUGUCUUCAUAUUUUCUCUUGUUCUUCCUGGGAAGUUUAGUUUUUCUAGCUUGUUUGGAGCAUGAUUGAAUUGUUGGUAGUUCUUUAUUAAUGAUAGAUAAAGUAAGAAUGCAAUCUCUUUAAUACAUCUAUGAAUCUUUAUCUACAUACAACGAUACUUUGUAUUUUAAGAAUGUAUUUCUCUAUUAUGUCCAAUGAGGGUUAUGUUUCACGCAGCAUGUUUUCAUUGUUGUAGAUGUAUUAUAAAUUAAAAGCUAUUUACACCAAUGCCUCAGUAAACCAUUAGUUGUGGAAUUACUCCAGAUCUUAAUAUAAUUUACAUGCUGACAUCCUAGCAUCUGUUUCCUGCUAUGAAUUGCUUGUUUGUUCCCAUUUCUGCUUAAGCAGGCAAAUGUACUAAAUACCAAUAUUUGAUUUAUAAGAACCAUCAUAGCUAACGCUCUGUUUUCCAGAGCCUUCCAGCCGAUUCCCCCAGCAAGCAUGCUGAAAGUCACAUGCCUCGUCAAGUUUAUUCCACAUUUUAUGACAGUGCUGAAAACAUGAUUAUUUUUAUAGUCCCAAACCUCUGAUUAGUAAGAGGAACAAAAGUGCCUUUGGUAUUGCUGAUAGUAUCAUAUGCCGACAGCAAGACCAUUAAUAAAUUAAAAACAUUGCAACUUGCCUUUGCAUAAUUGAGCAUUUUGAAGGUGGCUUAAAUGGGAAAACAUCAUGAUGGGCUGAAAUCUAAUUCUGGGAUUUACACAGGUUUUAUGCACGUAAAGGAAAGGCAAUUAGCACUAGCUGAGAAUUUUUAUUUUCACCGCUAUAUUAUGAGCAUCCUUGGAGUUAUCAAGUUAAAAAUAGCAACUUGGAAAAGCUGGUAAUGAGCACUGUUAUAACAACUACCCAAUGAAAGCUGAAACCUUUUCUUCUAAAUCCACUUUUCUUUCUCUCUUUCUUUAAAAACAAAAGAAGAAAAAGUGUACAUUCUCUCCCUGUAGCUAUUCUUUGUACAGAAGGUCCUAUCUCUGAGGAGGGCUGUUACUAAUGGUCUUUGAAAUGAAGGUUUUCUGAAUGGUGAAAAAAGGACUCUCUGUCUUUCUCUUUUAAUGGCUAGCUGGACCUUGAAAGAAAAUCUAGAAUUUUCCUCUAACAACCAGAGGUGAAAUUCAGUUAGGCAGCAAAAUUUCAUAACAAAAGCCCCACAAACUGCAAAGUAGUGCAUAGCUUUCGGUGUGACUUUCUUUGUCAGCUUUUUGCAUUGUUGAUCAAUUUGCUGUCCUGCUGCGGUCAGUGCUUUACUAAUAGUCUAGUAAGAUCCCAUGACUGGCAUUCUGCCUUUUUAAAAACCAUCUCCAUUGCUACAGUUAAGAAUCUGAAUUUCUAAAUCAGCUGUGAUAGCUGUUGGCUUCUUUUAUUAUUAGUAUUAUUCAUGCGCUGGUAGGAAAGGAAGAAUAUUGAACCGUAAUUAGGAGCUGGUAAAAUGCUACUGGAACAAACUUGAAAAGGUCAGUUUCCAGGCAAGAAGCAUUUCAAAGACAGUGUCUUAAUUUUUCUUCUUUUUUCUUGUGUCUUAAUCAUUGUUGUUAUAGCAAUGUUUCAAUUCCUUGUUCUUAACUGGGGAGGAAGCAGUAAUUGUGUGAGAAUCCCAUUGCAGUGCAAAAUGGUAAUGCUAACCUUUCUAAUUUGUUGUUACUGUUAGAUUUUAAUUAUUGAGUGCAAAGGGAAAGCUUCUGAAUAGUGUGAAACAUCGUUGUAAAGAAGCAGUGUACAUAUUCUCUAAAUUCAGCAUUUAAACUUUAAGGAGUGUUUUUAAAAGGUCUCUGUUUAAGCUGUUGUGAAAGAAAUUGGGAAAUGUGAGAAAAUGAGUCUGUGCAAAUAGUAAAGUGCAGCUUUAAAGAAAAGAAAAAUCACCUGAUCUUCUGCUUGUGGAAGUACUAAUAUAGUAUAGAGAAAUUUCCUCCAAAUGAGACACUCUUGUAGGAAUUGUGGGGUGAUACUCAGCUUAGUCAUAUUCAGAUAAGACCUAUUGAAAAGAAUGGACUUAAAUAACACCCACAUGGGUGUAGGUUAAUUAAGUAAUUAUAACCAAUAUUUUCCCUCAAACAUUUGUACUUAGAAAUAAAAGAUAACUGAACUUAGUGGGUUUUGUGUGUUUAUACAAUGGGCAGUGUAAAUAUUGAUGGAUUAGGAUACAGUCUUCCUCUGUCUGCCUAUAUGCCUUCAUUCUUAUUUUUAAAAGACAACUGAAAGUAACAUCAAGCUUAUCUUAUGUGCAUGAUUGUUGAUAGGAGAUUCAUACUGUAUGUAUGUAUGUAUGUAUGUGGCACCCAACUGGAGGUUGAAUAUUAAUGAAGAUGGAGUUGUUUGAAACCGCUAAGAAACUGCAGCUGUUUAAUUAAUUGAUUUUUUCUGGAUUGCUAAGGGAUUUCCUAAGGUCAUGUCUAUGUUCAAGAAGGAAUUGCUUCUUCUUAUUGAAUAACAGACUGGCUGAAAAGGUGUUCUGAUGCUUUCUUGAUGCAUCUAUAUUUGUUUGAGUACUUAAACAGAGAUUCCCCACCCAGCUAUCCUCUUUAGCAUAGCUAUUUAUUGACCUGUAACAGCUGUCUGUGUGCAGAUCUGUAUAACGGAUGAUAUGGGUUACAUUUCCUGGAACAGUUUAUGUUUCAAGAAGCCUUUCUCAUUGCAGGCGGGUUGAAUAUACCUCAUCAUCAGGUCCUUCAAGCCAUCCAGUUCUACAUCCACAUGUCUUUCCUGACAUGAUAAAAACAAGGCUGACUUGGAAUUGCCCUCUUCCUCUAACACAGAAUGGGUUUUUGAUUUUCCAGCAUUGCCUGCAGCUAGUGUUGAGCAAGAGUAGUGAUGAAGGAAAGAGCUGAUCCUAUAGUUACAUAACAGUGGGCUGUGAGAGGGGUUUGGUGGGCCAGUGGGAUUACAGCUGAUGCCUGUGUGGAAAAGCUGAAGAUGUGAGAACCCUCCGAGUCAUUCAUAAAUCUCAUGUGUAUACUUACACUGUUGGAUAUUUCCAGUAUUUCCGUGUUUGCUUGUUUUGUUAUUUUUGCUUUGAAAGCAUACCUAAGGAAGGCUUAUUCAAGAUGGAGUUACUCUCUACAUUAGGUGUGCCAUGCUGAUUUGCAUAGCCAAGAAUUGCAAUCCUGUGUAGGCCAAUUUUUAAGCCCCUGACAUGAGUUGGAACAUUGGCUUCUACCAAUAGAGGUGAGGAAUCCCACAUCAUGAUGGCAUCAGAUUAUUUUGUGUGUGUAUUUAAAAUGUGCUUUGCAAUUAUAGAGAGGAUUAUCUUGCUGAGGACAGUGUGGGGUAUGCUUGCAAACUCUGAGGAAACUAUUAGGUAUUGAUAUGCCCAUGCCUCAACAUAAAGCCCCAUUGAACUUGAUGUUGGCAGCACAAUAAUUCUUUUUUUGAAAAUAGACAUAGCACUGGGGGAGCCAGAGACAUCUAAAUCCCAGCAUCCUGAUGGGGAUGCAAAUCACCGCCUCCUUGGUCAUCAAAUCAGUCUUUUAAUGAGCAUGGAGGUGCAAUAAUGUGUCUUACUCAGCUUAUCUGUAUGUAUGUCAAAUGUGUGUGCAUGUGUGAGUGGGGGGUGGUCACAUCCACCACUGACAUGUGGACCCUGGAGAGUUGGCAGAGAACGAAUGUGGCCCUUGGGGCAGAAAAGCUUAGCCACCCCUGCAUUACAUAGCAACCCAGCACUUUGUGAGCAUUAAAGUCAUCUUAUGUAAAAAUAAAUUAAACAUCCUUUGUGAUCUUUUUCAUGGUCCUCAUAGGGGACCCAAACUAAUUGCUUGAAAAGCCACAUCAGACUCCAAAACAAGGAGUUAUAAUGGUAUAUGUGUAAUUAAUGGAAUGUUGCCACAUUCAGUCAUGUGUGCAUUAAAACAUUUGCUGUUGAUUUACGUUCAUCUGCAGAAAGAUGAGCAAUGAUUUUCGUGUGUGUGUGUGUGUUUUCCCUUACUAUUGAGAAAUCCUGACUCUGAUUCAAGAAUAGUAAAAUUUGUUCUAGAAUUUGGUCCAACUGGAUUUCCCCUGUUUUUAAUUUAUUUUGUUGGGUGGGUUUGAAUUAAAUCAUUUGCAUAUCUAAGGAGCAUUGUGUUGUCUACUCUUUGCCUGCAUUCGGGUUGUUUUGCUUUUUAAUGACUGUUUUCACUAGGCUGGAGUGAUUGUAGAAGCUUUUACUAGACUUGCCUUCAAGACCAUCUGCAGCUGUUUUCUCUGUCUUAGGAAAUUGAGGAUGUUAUUUAGUACUAGUAGGAAUGUGAGAAUUUGUCCAUUGAUUACAUCAUUUUGCUGCUUAAGGCCUCAAUGAAUUGUGCUGUAAAUCUGUGGUACCUAAUAGUCACUUAACAAUGAUGUAUUAUUUUAAUAUUGGAAGAAACCAUUUGGCUACAUUUUGGAAAUGCCUGAAAUAUGCAUUCCGGAGUGUAUUUCAUAUGACUGGAUUCAGCGACUCAGGUUUGAAAAUGAGUCUCUUCUAUAAUUAGAAAUAAUUUAUCUUGAAAGUUAGUUGUUAUGUGACUUUCCAGGGCAAAAGUCAUUAACUGUGUGUUGUGGUUAUUGCUAUUUUAAAGGCCACUGUUGCUAAGUUCCACACCCUGAAAAUAUUGGGUGAAAUCCAGUGCUACUAUUCUCCUUGUUGAAUGACUUUUGAUCUAGUGUAAGAGUCUGAACACAUAAGAGAAGGGGAGCCAUUUUUCCCAGCUCUCCCUGCAGACCACUGUGCCAUCUUCCAGGCUAUUUGGAGUGGAGGAGGCUGCAAAAGGAAGGGGACUCUGUGAAAAUUGCCUCUGCUUCUCUUAACUAGCACAUGCCUUGGCCAGAUCAAAUGAUGCUCUGCUCACUUUAGAUAUUACCAAAUAUUACCAAAAGUGCAGGAAGUUGAGUUACCAAGAACAUGUGGUUGUUGCUCAGCUGGCAAAAUUGACUUUUUGAGCAACAUGACAUAAAAGCAAGAAGGGUGGAUUCUCAAGCUCCAAGCUACAGUACUUCAGCAAUCAAAUUAAAACAAUAAGAAUCACAACCUUCUUAGGACUCUAUCUACUGUUUUCUGAAGCGGCCAUUGAUUCAAGAAGCCAACAAAUUCAUGUUCUCCAGAGUGCUGGGGUCAGUUGUCCUUACUCCCUCAGGAUCAUUACUGCUAGUGGCCAAGGCAACCCAGCCAGAUGGGUGGGGUAUGUAUAUAAAAUAAAAUAAAAUAAAAUAAAAUAAAAUAAAAUAAAAUAAAAUAAAAUAAAAUAAAAUAAAAUAAAAUAAAAUAAAAUAAAAUAAAAUAAAAUAAAAUAAAAUAAAAUAAAAUAAAAUAAUAAAAUAAAAUAAUUAUCCAAAUGUAUUAGUACCUCUCAGCAGAAGGGAUAAAUAAUUGCUCAAAACCAGCCACGGUAGUGAAAGGCUCCUCUCUCUCCCCCUUCCCCCUCAUUCUUCUUCCCCUCCUCCUCCUCAGAAUAUACCUAGCAUUGAUUGCAGGUUUAGCACCACAACCACUGGUGUACCCUUUAUCAGCUUAAAACACAUUACCAUGUUUGGAUGUGUUUCAAGUGCCCUAAGUACACUAAUGAUGCUUGUUCUACUUGGAAGAGAGCUGAGAAAUAUUUCUGCCUUUGUCUGUAAUGAAUACCUGACUGAUUACACAUACAUCGAAAACAUUACCUAUUCUCAAUCCAUAAGCUGCAGGAAGGGUUAAAAACCAUUUCCCAGGCCGUCUCUGAGUUACACUGUGUUUAGUUUGGCAGAUACCUAACUGAUCUGACCCAGGUAGCCUAAAUCAUAGAGAGGAAAGGUAAAUGAACGAGGUUUUAUUUCAGCUCCUCUGACUCAUAUUGGUCUUCUGAAAUUCGGUCAGGUUGUUCAAGCCCUCCUUAUUGUAAAGCAACAGAAACUGAGAUUCUCCUGUAGUGAUUGCACAGGUAUUAAAAGACACAAAGUCUUCAAAUUGAUACAUUGCAGCAUGGAUGUUCAUAGGCAACUUCUUGCUUCAUCACAUGAGUGAAAUGGACUGAGAAAGAGAUGUCUAUGCAUGUGGGGUUGAGGGGGUACAGUGAAGAACAGCCCAAGUUAACAACGUGAAAACCAUAGAUAAUGUGAAUCGGUGCUGAAGCACUAAACAUAUAAAGAAUGUUAUCAGAUUAUACUUAAAAUAGAAAACUCUUGUUUUUCUAGUGAUAAAAUAUAACCCAUAAUCCUUGUUAAAAACCCUGGGAAAUAAAAUCGAAUACUGGAAUGAAUUCCAAUUGCCCUCUGAAAUGGUCUUGUUAAGUAGAGUGACCUUGAGGUCAGAAAGGGAAUGUUUGGGGAGAUUGAAAAUGUUCCCUGACUCGUGUCUGUACAUUUCUAUUCUGAAAGUCAGAUUACUGCCCGUUUAUUCUUGUGCAGAGUGACUUUCUUGUUUGGCUGAUGAAAACUCCUGAAGGGCAUUGAUGGCAAGUGAUAGUGUACAUGGCAUUAGUUAAUAUGCUGGUGUUUGGAAUGUGGAUGGAAUGGUCAAUGACCUUAAGUAUUACCAAGGUAGCAUAAGGAACAGAGAGAUCACUUGUUUACCCGUUGGUGGCCUAGGAGUGUUGGUGGAUAGUGAUUUCUGAGUGGCCUAAAAUGAAAGGUGGUCCUUUCCUCUAUGGCCUUCUUGAGAAGAUCAUUUCCUAGAUGACUUGAAAGUCCCUGAUGGAAGGUUUUUCCUCUGUUGAAAUCUGUCUGAGGACAACAGAGUACAUUUUCAAGUACAUUGGCAAUAAUGAGCACUAAGCUUGGAUUCAUACACCAGAUAAUUAUGAGGGACAGAAUGCUAAGUAUCUGCUUAACCUCUUGUAAUUAACCAAGCUGAAGGGAGGCCAAGCUUAGACACCCUGCAUAGCACACACAUGCUCCUAUGCUGAGCAUAUCCAGAAGGCACUGAGAAUAAAACACAAGCUUGGGAUGCAGAUAUAUGGAAAUGGGUCUUUCUUGACAUCCUUAUAUUAAGGAAAAGAAAAAUGCUACUGUUUUCCAACAUGUGUGACAAACCUCAUAAAAGCUGUUCACUUGACUCCCUGUGGCAAGUAACAGUUGCCACCAGACAAUUAGGCAAUUGACAAAUAAUAACUAAGCAAUCCUAAACAUACAAAGAAUGAGUCCUCACUGAGUUUAGUGGGACUUACUUUUGAGUAGGCAUGCUUAGGAUUACACUGCAAGGCUGCAGCUAUACGUACACCUAAUUUGGAGCAAACCCCAUUGAACAUAGCAAGACUUAUUUUUGAGUAAAAAUUCAUUUUUACUUUUGUGCCUUAUUUGCAAAGUUCAUACACAUUGCAACCUGUUUUUUCAUUGUUUGCCUGCCCUCGUGAAAGUUGAUUGGGUGAAAGUCAGGCUUUAAAUUUGUACUCUGGUGUAAUAACUUUAUAUGUUGGGCUUUCACUUAUUGGCAUUCCUCAUGAAAGAUACUAUUAACACGUGCUUUGAAAUAAUGACAGAUAUAUUUUGUAUAGAAAAAGCUACUGGAUCUCAGUUCAGAAUAAUACGCAUAGACCAAUCAUGUUUUAUCCUUUUAUUUCUGUUCAAGUCCAAAUUCUGGAGAAUGCAUGGAGCAUGAAGGAACAAACAUGUAAUACUGUCAAUAAAGGAAGGUCACUAGUUCUUUACAUGUACUGUAAAGUUCAAUGCAAAUGUGUUUAAGUGAUUCUCCUGUUUGUUCUUUCCCCCCUUUAAAAAUCGAUAUAUCAUUGUCAUCAGAUAUGUGGUGUUCAGAAAAGUGGUAUAAACCACGUCUCUGUGGUUUGCACCAAAAAUAGUACUGUAAUACUUUAAAGGGAGACACGUGUCUAAAAAUACAUGCUCUGGCACUUAUUGUAACACGUAGAAGCAUGUUUCCUUUGUGACUGCAGGCACAUAUUCCCCUUCAAAUAUCAUGGAGUUCAUCACAAUAAUGUAAUGUAAUGUAAUGUAAUGCCCCCUAAGUGACAGAGUAGCCUCUGGGCAUAGAUACCAGCUCCUAGGGGCUGAGGCAUUUUCUCCCCCAGCCAUUUUUUAAGGGGGGCAGCCCCCUUCAAUGUUCAAAAGGCAUUUGGUCCUACCUCCUGGUUCCUUGUGAUGUCAGGACAUUGUGGCGGGGCCCCUCAAUCAUCUUGUAAAGUUGGUGCCUCUGCCUCUGGGCAAAGAAACUGGGUGGGGGAGGACAAAUUCUCCAACAGUUUUGUGGGAGAUGGGGCUCACCAUUAGCAUGGACAGUAGUAUAACUCUCUUGUUCCUCCCCCCCAAACCUUUUAGUUUUAUUUUAUUGUGACUACACUUGUUCAUAAAUGAUCUGGAAUUAGGAGUCAGCAGUGAGAUGGCCAUGUUUGCUCAUAAUGCUAGAUUGUUCAGGGUCGUUAAACCAAAAAGAGAUUGUGAAGAGCUCCAAAAGAGCCUCUCCAGGCUCUGUGAAUGGGUGUGAAAAUGACAAGUGCAAGUCAGUGUAAACAAGUGUAACAUGAUGCAUGUUGGGGCAAAAAUAUAUAUCUUAAUUUCACAUAUACACUCAUGGGGUCUAAACUGGCAGUCAUUGACCAGGAAUGAGACCUUGGGGUUAUAGUACAUAGCUUGAUGAAGAUGUCGACCCAGUGUGUGGCAGCCAUGAAAAAGGCAAAUUCCAUGCUAGGUACCAUUAGGAAACGAACUGAAAAUAAAACUGCUGAUAUAAUAAUGCUGUUAUACAAAUCAGUGGUGUGACCGUAUUUGCUGCGUGCCAUUAUCUCACCUCCAAAAUGAUAGCGUGUUGCUGCAAAAGGUUCAUUGAAGGGCAAACAGAACAACCAUGGGUGUGGAAUAUGAGGGAAGGUUGCAGCGUUUGGGACUUUUUAGCUUGGAGAAAAGGUGAAUAAGAGGUGACAUGACAGAAUUUAAAAUUAUACCAGGUAUAGAGAAAGUGGAUAAAGAAGAGCUUUUCUCCCUCUUUCAUAAUACUAGUACUUGUAGACGCUGAAUGAACCUGAAUGAUGGAAGAUGUAGGUCAAAUAAAAGUGUCUAGUUAAACUAAGGAACUUGCUCCUAUAGCAGGAAGCGCUGGCAACUGACUUGGGCAGCUUUCAAGGAAGGAUAGACUAAAUCAUGGAUGAUAAGGGGAUGUUCUGUCCCCAUGGUCAGAGGAUGUAAUGCUUCUGAAUACCAGUUACUUGAAACUACAGGAGGGGGGGAAGGCUGUUGCUUGUGGGUUUUCCACAGGCAUCUAGCUGGCCUCAGGAUGCUUGUCUAGAUGGAUCAUUGUCUUGCUUCAACAGGUUCUUAUGUUCUUACGUUACAUAUGACAGCAGCAGCAACUGUGUUUGUAGUCUAGUGACCAUUUCUGCAUUCUCCACAGUGCCCUGGACUUCGCAACAUGGUGGAGCGCUGCGGCAGAACAAAUGGUGGCAGCCACGAAAAGUGGUGGGGAAUAUUCAGGGAAAUUCUGUAGAGUGGGCUUCUUUUGGGGGAGUCAAAAAAAGAGGAAAAAUCCGAACCUUAUUUUUUUUAGUAAAAAAUGUCUUCUAAGAAUUCUCAUCUCAUCUCAAGGUAGGUAGGUAGAAGAUGCUGAGGGAAGGGACCUAAGGUAUUACAAGGAUGGGUUAAAAAUACACAAAUAUCUCUGUUUUCAUUGUGAAAUAUUGCAAGCUUUUUGGGGGGUAUAUUUCUAUAUUAAAGUUUUCCUUUUUUGUAACCUUUAAAAAUAAGAUUCUACAGGGCUUUAACAAUGCCAGCCAGACCUUCGUCCACACAUAAAGGAAAUGUGCAUGUUGCAACAUCUCUCCUUUGAGAAGAAAAAUCAGUAAACAUAAUAAAAGGGAAAGUGUGUUCUGUUGUUCUCUGACCUGUUCCCAUUCUGCAGCAGAGUGCUAGAAAUGUUUCUUCCUUCAUUACAUAAAUUGUUAAUUGGCCUUUGAGUUCUGGUUUUGAUCCAAUUCCAUUAAAUCUGGCUGGCAACAUGCCCCCCCCUCUUAAUUAAAAGCUGCAUUAGAUCUUAAGGUGCUUGCCUUCGGUAGCUAAUAAAUUCUGGCUACAUGACUUGUGGUCAGAUAGCGAUCUCGUUUUAACUAGAUUUAGAAAUUGCCCAGUAAUUUAAGUUGGCCUUUUCAUAUAUAAUAGUAAAAUAAAUAAAUAAACACAUUAACAAAAACAGCAUUGGUUAAUAAUAUACAUUAAAUUAUCUCUCUGAGUGAUCUUGUUCCAGUAUACUGUACAGAAAUUGAUUCGAUAUGUCCAGACUUUUAAUGAUUGCUUUUAAAGGUGUUGUGCCUUUAUAACUGCAGUUGAUGUGGUCACUAGUUUGUCCCAUUAGAGUUUCUGUACUCUGACUCUCAUGACUUGAAUUAUGUUCAAGGAGAAAGCAGGAAAAGGUUACUAGAAAGAUGGUGGAUGGACAAGGAAAUACUAUUAGACUAAGUUUCUUGUUCUGAAUCCAACUCAGGAAGUAGUUACCAAGAAGACGAAUAUUUUGGAAGAUUUCUUUAACUGUACAGUGGUACCUCAGGUUAAGUACUUAAUUCGUUCUGGAGGUCCGUACUUAACCUGAAACUGUUCUUAACCUGAAGCACCACUUUAGCUAAUGGGGCCUCCUGCUGCCACCGCGCCGCUGGAGCACAAUUUCUGUUCUCAUCCUGAAGCAAAGUUCUUAACCUGAAGCACUAUUUCUGGGUUAGCGGAGUCUGUAACCUGAAGCGUAUGUAACCUGAAGCAUAUGUAACCCGAGGUACCACUGUAUGUGUGACAACCAGAUUUUAAAAAAAUAUGUUGUCCUAAAGAGAAUUGGGAGAAAGGGGGAAAGCAGAAGGGACUGUGUAGCUACAACGGUGUGACAAGCCAGAGGCCCAAGUCUUCAUGCUCUUAUACAUGAAUUAUCCUUUUAAGUUGCAUUGAGUUGGUUCUGGAUUAUUUGUUGAUUAAUUAACCAUCUAAUCCUUUGCAAACGUAGGACCUGUUGAGUUCAGUGAGAUGUGCUUCCAGGCAAGUGUAUAAAUAAUGCAGCCUUUUGUAGCAAUCCUAUACCCAGUUUCAUGUGAGUAAGCCCAUUUGGUCAUGAGUCCACAUGCCUUUUUCAUUGCUUAUAGAACAGAAACAUAUUUGUCUGUUUACUUAAGUGCACACACAACUUACUUGAAGCUCAUAUGACAUUUCCUUGGAAGUUGGUCCCAUUUGAACCAUGUGCACAUACUUCUGAAUAAACAUGCAAUAACUUGGUUCAAGUACAAGGUUGCCAGCAUUAUAACUGUAUCCUGUGUCUUUUUACAGAAGCACAGGAAGCAGGCCUGUUAAAACGUUGAUAGCUCUGCUGAGAUUUAUCUUCAUUCAGGACCUGCAACUUCACUCAGGUAUUUGACAAAGCAGAAUGGGCAGUAGGAUCUAGAAUAAGAUGUGCUUCUGCAUUCUUAAAUGAUAAUUGAUAAGAUGCAUCCUCAUGUUUUGCUAAUUAACUGUCAAAACUUCAAACUUCAUGGAGCUAACUAUGAGCUAAACUUAAGACAGAGUUGAUAGGUCUAGACCCUGAGAGGACUUUCUGUCUUCUUAUCCUACCUAUUAAAUAAUCAUUAUGGCAAAUGAAAAAAUACAAUAAACUAUGUUCUAAUAAACUCCAAAUUUAAAAAUGUAGAAGUUAAAGCAACUAAAAAAUCAGGCACAUUGAAAGGCUAGCAGUCAUAUUAAAACUGGAGAAUGCCAUUGGAAAAAAGUACAUAUUAGGUGCUCAUCAAAAAUUCAGACUAUGGUUCUUUUUGUACUUAAAAUAGAUAGAUAGAUAUCUUUAUUGUCAUUGUCCCAUACAGAACAAUGAAAUCGAAAAAUAGCCCUUCAAAUAGAGGACUGUACCCUAUAAAGUAGGGCCCAUGGCCACCCUGAGCAUCCAAGUGCUGUGAUGUUCUGAGAAACUGCCUGGUGGAAUUUCCACCUUUCAUUCCACUUUUUUACAGGAGCCUUGUAGACCCAGCAACCUCACCUAAAAGCAGUCUGGCACAAUGCAGUCAUUCAUAUGGGAAACCUAUUGAGUUACAGAGUUUGGUAACAAGCAGGUCAAGAGACUCUCUGGCGUCCUCCAUUUUGUGGUGUUUCACAGUCGGCUACCAGUAGGUGGCCAAUUGAGAAGAUGAAGCCUGCUGGUCUCUCUCUUUCCUUUGUUGUCAUAUAUAAUUGGCAUGAGGAAUCACAGUUGUGCUGGAGGUGUUGGCACCCCUGUGCUCCCCUCUUCGGCAGCAGUCACUUGUGAGGUGUGAUGCCUGGUUUCUGCUGCCUUUUGAUUUGCUCCCUGGCUGCCUUGCUGUCAGCUACUGUAUGAACUUUGCAGGGCUGUGGGGCUCAAAUUAUUAAAAUUCAGAGAUACCUCAUUAAUUUGUGCUGCUUUGGAUGCUGGACUCGGUGACCUGCCUGAACUGAGAUUGCAAGCAAAUCUUUCUGACCCCCUCAAAAUUGUUUGGAAAAGGAAGUUAGGCAUAUAUUGUUAACUUGCCUGUGGAAAAGUAACUACUGCUCAAACAUGCCCCUUACUGCUGUAAGACAUUGCAAAAAUAAAAAUAAAAAUAAAAAAUGUAUUAACAGUAGGCCAGCAGACACCUAUGAAAUUUCAUUUGCAUAAAUUGCCCGUUCUCAUUUUUGAUAUUCUUAUGUGACUCAGUAUUAAAAAUUACUAGCCUAGUUUUGCUAAUAUUAGCAGUAGAGCCCUUUCCGAGUAAUCUAAAAAUGUUCCAAGGGGCUAAAUAAUUCAAAUUGCCUCAGGUCUACACACACACACCCUGGUGAAAUGAGUGAAUCUUCAUUGUCUAAGAAAAUGGAUGAGGAAUAGGAGGUCAUCCGAAGCCUCUCAUUUAUAUGAUAAUUACAAAUAAGCAGUGGCUAGUGAUUCAGGAUACAAAUCAUUUGCUCCUAUGAGACCAGUGUGUUUGCUAAACAGGAAGUAUGUGAUUAUGUCCUGCUAAUUAGUUUCCAGGUGAUGGGAAGAAUGCAGUGCAUAAGAGGCCCAGUUCACACUGCACAGCCCCACUAUUUCUCUGUAAGGCAGUUAUCUUGUAAUUGAAUUACUGCCUUUAAUUAAUACAUGCAUCUAAAUUAAGAACAUGUGUAUGCUGUGUGGAGAUGCAGAGUGGAACACUGGUAGUUAUGUAUAUGCCUGUCUGUGUUUCCAUCUAGGUAGGACAUCACAGGAGAUUAAUGACAGAAAGGAGGGGAGCAAAAUGCAGAGCUAA